AACGCCGCCGCCUUCGCGUAGUGCGUAUACUCGAUCAGUAGAACACGAGCUCGCGUUGUAUGUGGCCAUCGUUACUCUUUCGUGCAUAACACCGCUCUUCUCGGUAAAGACCGCAAGCGAUUUCUUUUAAUCUGUGCAUUGUGGUAUUGCCGUUGUUAACUACACAAUAUUAACGCUAUGCGUAUUUUAUUCUUGCAGUUCUGCAUAAAGAGCAGGUAAUACGAACGUAAACCAUAGUAGGUAGGUAACUAGUUCGUUUGAUUUUUAAGUGAGAAAAUGAAAAGCAAGGCUGCAAGUAGCAAAAAAAUCACCAGACUUAUACACGCCGCCGGAAAUUCGUGUAAGUUGACAGUUUUUAUUAAGUGUCCGAAAAUAUUAUAAUUACCUUAAUAAUUAUGUAUUUUUUAUCAAAUGUAUGACCUUUAAACUCUCAACAUAUAGCGUGCCUACCGUAUGUUAAAUGUUGAUUGCUUAUUGACAAUGAUCUAUAUAGUAUAGUAAGAUCGGUAGUUAGUCAUGAACUCGUCUUCAUGAAAAUUUAAAAAUUUAAUUUGCAUUAUCUACCGAUAAUGAUAGUUCCUUCCGAGAACACGAUAAUUUGUGCCAUAAAUCCAUUAUGUCAUAAUUAAUCUGAAUAGUUUUUGAAAAUAGAUAAUUUAUUUUUAUUAACUAUAAUUGAUUAAGUACCUAUAGUUUAAUUUUUUUUUUACGAAUUUUAUAAUUUAAACCGCUUUACGACUGCUGUUUUUUACGUAGGUAUCCCCAAAUACCUGAUAACACAGACAGGAUUAAUUAAGGGGAGGGAAGAGGUUGUGAAUUUCAAAACAUUUCUGAACUGCGGGUGUUUGGUAAAUUAAGGGUAAAUUAUUAAAUAGGCGAAGCUACACUUUUACAGCAUAACAUGGGCAUUUUUAAAAUUGCUGCACAUUAUGCAACUAUACGUAUUAGGUGGGUACGUAAGAAAAUUAAAUUUCAAAUUCGGAUCGUGGCGGAGUUAAAUCCCAACCUCCUGGUUGCACCGCUGGGCACAUACAUUUUAAAUCAUUAUUUAAUUAACCGUCAAUAAUAGCUUAAUAAGUUAUGAUAACAAGUAUACUAGUUACCUAGUGGUAAUAAUUUCUAUAUAAAGUUGUUGUAAUUAAAAACAUGUAAAAUCAAUAAUAGGUAAGUAGUGCAAAGAAAAUAAAGAGUUUUGAUUUAAUUAACAAAUGGAUCAACUUAUAUUUUUUUAUUAAUUUUUGUAGGUAGUACCUAUACCUAAAUACAUGAGUAGUACCUUCUUCUUUUCCUUUAUCGGUUUUUUGCUGUUUUGACUAUUUCUUUCCAUUGUUCUUUAUUUAACGUUAGGUCGCACGCAUUGUGUCGGUACCCAGUUUGGUAUUUAUUUUUGUCAGUGUCUUGAUCUUUCUUGUCGAUUUAGCUAAUCGGACGUGGUAUUCCUAAUAGUCUUAAAACUUUUUAGCUUUUCUGAUAUAUAUUUUUGUUUAACGACAUAAGGUUGAGUGGGUUGACACAUAUGUCCCACCCAUUAUAUUCUAACCUUAAAAUAGGUAGAAAAUUGCGCAUAGUCGUGGCUUAUUGUUUAAUUUUUGGAUUUAGGAGAGUACCUACAACCGCUUAAGAAAAAAAAAAUAUUUUACUCUUAAUUUUUCGUAUUAGACAUUAUACAUACUAUAUGAACAUAAAGACAUUUAAAUUUUCAGGUAUGAACAUUUUUUUCAUCAUCAUUUUUAUGCCCCCUUUUAAUCGUAUUCAAAUUUAAAUGCUACCUGUGAACUUACACCUUUCUUGUACCUUAAAAAUCAAUAAGUGAGGGACUUUUUAAUUUUUAUUUCGAUGGUUGUAUCUCACAUAGUACUAUUUUCCUAUAGACAUAGGAAAACCUUAUUUUUUAUAGCCUGUAUUAUAAUUAACUAUUAUAUUAUGUUUGUUAUUAUUGCUUUUAAGACAGAAACAAUUUUUAUUAAUUUUAAUUAUUCUAAUUAUUCGUGUAAAAUGAGUUCAUUGGAAAUUGUAAAUUCGAAAAAAAAAAAAUAAGUUUUUCUGAAUUUCUAAAUAUACAUACGUCAUGUCCAUAUGCUGGAUUUCUAAAACACCGCUGUUUACAUAAUAAACUAAAAUUCAAACAAAUUACUAAGAAAAAAAAAAUGUAUUGCAAUACUUAAUAUUGGACAAGUUGAUGAAUUUCUUAUUUAAAAAAAAAAAUAUCUACGUAUAAUUAUUGGAUUUAUUUUUAGGUACUUAUUAUGAUUUUGGUCAUGCAUCAUACAAAAAAGAACUAUACGGAGUUAGUUACUAUGGUAUUAUUAUUUAAAUAAACGCACAAAUUCUUUGUUAUUACUUGUUAGCUAUGGUAGUAAAAACAAUGGCAUGAUAAAAAUUGAACAGAUGGAGGUUUGUUUGUAACACUUGAGUAAACAUGUGAUUAUUUUGAAGGGUUACCUACAUUAUGUUAUAAAGUAUUAUAACAUAUAAAUAUAAUUUAAUUUUUAUGUAGGUAAUAUAGUUUAUUUAGUAUUAUCAUAAUUGAUAAAAAUAUAAAGCUUAUUGUUGUAUUUUAUAAAAUUUAUUUAUCUGUACAAUUAUACAGAUAUAGUACCCGUAUACUAUAAAUACAAUUUAGAACUGAAAGUAAAUCAUAAAUUUGAUGAACCAUCAAAGUAACUACCCUCCUAAUUAUCCUAAUCAUCACUGAUCUUCUAUGAUUCUAAUAUAUACAUCUUAAAGGCAUUAAAAGUUGUUUAAAAAAAAAAAAAAAUAUUUUAUUUCCUUGAAUAAUAACGGACUGACAUCGACAGUAAAUAUUUUAAAUAUAGCUGAACACACAAGAGCGGAAUUUUUCCGCACUUGAAAUUUCGCAUGUUUGACGUUCGCUUACGUAUUUACAGACCGUAUUCGAGUUAGGUCUAUUUCGAAAUUUAACUUAGAUGGUUUUAGAAGUUUUACAAAACUUAACCUACCUGUUGGUCAAGACUUAAUAACACUCCAGGAAACCUAGUGCGUCUUAAGUGUAAACCUAAAAUUGACUACUUUCCAUUAUAGUCAGUGGAAAGCCUCCUUAGGUUUAAAUAAAACAGAUUUUAAAUGAAAAAACCUUUGAUCUUAAGUAGUAGUGUUUUGGAGCGUAUACCCAUUUACCAUUUAGUAAAUUAGCGUAUACCUUGUAAAAAUAGUACUAAUUCGCACGUAUACGAUCGUAUAUGCUUUUAAGUUUUUUAAACAAAAUGUGCGUAUAGUUUUUACAUGGCAUAAAAAUUAACAAUCUACCUAUAUUAUAUUUUUUUAUUAUAAGCCUUUUAUUAAUUAUAUUAAGUUAAAACUGUGUAACAAUUAGAUUAAAAAGGAUUGGUUAUUACUACGUGUCCACGUAUUAUUUAAGUUUUUAUAUCUUUUAUGUGAUUAAAGUUUCAUGUUAUUGCUAAUUACGAGCUUUUUUUUUUGUUAUACCUACGUAGGUUGCCUUUUAAGUUUUGCGAUAAGAUUACACCUGGGUUACUACGUCAAAUCUUAUAAUAUGACAUUUUUACAAUAUACAUUAUCUAAUAGUUUUGCAAUACAAGUAUUAUUAGUAGGAUUUACAGCGACUUAGAAAAUUCAUUACACCGAAAAUGGAAUUAAAUCGUAAAAAUUUUCGUGCAAUGAUUUAUUACGACUUUCGACGUGGAUUAACUCAACAAAAAUGUGUCGAUCAACUUGUUUUGAUUUUUGACGAUAAAGCGCCACACCGGACCACCGUGUUUAGCUGGUUUGCUGAAUUUAAUCGUGGUCGUCGUUCGCUUUAGGAUAAAAUUUCGUGAAGGUCGUCCAAAAUCGGUGGUUUUGCCAGAAAACAUCGACGCUAUAAGAUAAGAUAAAACUAAACCACCAUGUGACUUAUUAUGAAAUUGAGGCAUCUCUAGGCAUGAGUUCCACUAGUGUUCAUUCAAUAUUACAUGAACAUUUGGUAGUGAACAAAAUUUGUUCACGUUGGAUUCUACACAAUUUGACACUAGCUCAAAAAAAGAUUCGUAUAGAUCGGUGUUCAGAAAUGUUGAAAAAAACAUUGCAUUUCAAAAGACGUCUAUAAGAUUAUGACGGGUGAUGAAUCAUGGAUUUAUACGUAUGAUCCGAAAAGUAAACAGUAAUCGAUUAUAUGGGUCUUUCAAUGUGACCCAAUACAAUAAAAGUUGUUCGCGCACGAAGCUCUUUAAAGCAAAUGGUCGCCUGUUUUUUCGACAUACCUAGACAUGUGGCAACUGUAGUAUUAGAACAACGUAGGAUGGUUAAUUCUGAAUGAUACACAACCAUUUGCUUUCCAAAAGUCUUCGGAGAAAUAAGGAAAAAAAAACCGCCAAAGACGGAUCAUUCUUCACCACGAACAUGUGAGCUCUUACAAAUCAACUCAAACAACCGCCUAACUUACCAGUUAAAACAUUCAAUUGAUGGGCCAUAUAGCCCGGAUUUGGCACCUAAUGACUUCUUUUUAUUCCCACUCAUAAAAAAAAUUACGUGCUCAACGUUUUCCGACGCCUAAAAAAGCAGUUGAUGCGUUCAAAAUGCAUGUUUUGGAGGUAUCUCAAUUGAAUUCAAACGCAUGCAAUAGUGUAUUGAUAUUCGUGAAGAAUAUUUUGAAAGAGAAUAGAACCAUUUUUAAUGUUACAUUAUAGUUUUUUGUCGCAAAACUUAAAAGGUAAUCUACGUAUAUUUAACAAGGUUUCAAAAAUAAAAAAAAUAAUAUUUUGUCAAAAAUUAAAUUUUGUAUGAAUACAUUUUAUAAUCAUACUUUUUUUAUUCGAUAAUGGAUUUCAUAUCAAAUUUAGUAUGUUAGUUUUUUUAUUGAACGUUGGUGUGAGUUUAUAGUUAAUAGUAAAACAAAAUUAGUUAAAAGAAUUAUUAAGUUAAAUCUGAGCUGUGAAAAACAGUUUUUAAUACUUAUUGGUAUUGGAACAUAAAUACAAGUUUACAAAACUGGGUAGCAAAAUAAUUAUUUUUUAAAAUUUGUAUAUCUAUGAAUGUACUAUGUAAGAGUCUUAUAAAAUAGUAGUGAGCAGCUUUUCGUGAAUCUGAUUAGUUUUGUGCUUAUAAAAUCACAAUAUUCUUUGCUUUAAUUCAUAAAUAAUCGUAUACCCUAUAUGUUUUUUACGAAAAGAACACUGGGUUUCAGUAUUUCCCGCAUAUCUAUUUAAAAUAGAUUUACAAUAUUAGAAUAUUGUAAUGUUUAAAUAAUAAUAAUCAGGAUAAUGAUGUAUUUACAUAAUUUCGUAUAACUGACUUCCUACAAAAUAUGUGUUAUCUACUGCAUGAAAAUCACGAACCAUCAUAGCAUCAUGGCAGUAAAUCUGUGCAUGUGUUAUAAUGGACAUUGGAAAAUGGUACCCAUUUACAUAGAAUAAAUUAUAAUAUUUUGUAAAAUUGUCAAAUUUAUGAAUUCUAUAUGUAGAUAUUUAAAUUAUAAAAUAAUAAAGUAAAUAAAUAUAUGAAAAAAAAUGUAUACGUAAAAAUAAAAUAAAUAAAUGAGUAUCACAGUCCUGAUGAUGAAUUUUUAAUUCGAAACCGGUCGUAUAAUACACUUAUAAUACUUCAGCGACGCAUUGAUUCAUUUAUUUGUUUUAUUUUUAUGUAUACAUUUUUUAUUUAUAUAUUUAUUUAAUUUAUUUAUAUAUUUAAGUCAUACAUAUUUUCUAAGUGUUCUCCAAAUUUGAUUGGGUCAGCUGUUUAUAAUUAAAAUUAAUCAUAAUUAAUUAAAAUAAUUGAAUCUAUUUCAAAAGUGUAUAAUAAUAUUAGUAACUAUAGUUUCUCGUUUUAGUAUUAUGUCAUCAAUUUACUAUUAUCCAUUACCUAUUGAGUCUUAUAUUAUAUAAUGGCGCCUAUUCCUACACAACUAUACCCAUAUUGUACUCAAUCACUCGUUUACUAAUAAGUUAAUUGAACAAGUCAUGCGUAAUUGAAUUGUAGAUAGAAGUACCCAUAUUAUACUAUAAACAAUUAAUUUAUAAAGUCACAAAGUUAAAAAUACAUUUUAUAGUUAAACUGUUCGUAUUCCACAUUAAAACAAUGUGUAUGAGUACCAUUUAAAAAAAAGAGCUGAUACUGGGGACGGGUGUGGCCACCGUUGUAUGUGGGUAGUUGGGAAUGUAGGAUACAUAGAGUUAUUUUAUUUAUACCUGUAAUUAACUAUAAACCAUUGUUAACGAAAACGAUUCUGUGUAAAGAAAAAAUCUAAAAUAAAAAGAAUAAUUUGAAAAAAAUGAAAAAAAAAUUCACACCAUACUAUGACCAAUAGAUCCUGGGUUAGAAUUAACCCUCACUCAGAAUUAAAAAUAUAGUAUUUAUUUAUGACCUUCACAAUCAUAAUUUUUUCAUAAAAGGUCUAUUUUCAAUACAUACAUUUCUUCUAGUUUUAUAUUAGAUUCUGAGUGUUCUAUGACGUUUUGUAUUUUUUCGUUUAAGCUCUUUUUGGACUAGCAAAAAUACUCAGAUUUUUUAAUGUGAUACAUUAAAAGAUGCUAAUUUUUCGAUAUUUCUAAUAUUUUUUUUAAAUUUCUUAUACUUUUUUUGAAAAAUUGGUUUAUUUUUACUUAUUUUGGUUAGGAUUUGCACCAGUUUUUUCACAAAGGUCCACAAAAGCGUGGAAUUUCCGGAAAAUGGUACUUUAUUUGAAAUCUUUAUCGAAAUUUACAACAGUUCACUUGUUAUAGUUUUUUUCUUCAAAAAUACUUUUUGGUUUUUAAAAAGGUUCCAAAUUAAUCGAUUCUUACUUUAAAAGAUGUGAAUUUUUCGCCUGGAAGUACUUAUUUGGAAAAAAUGUCUUAUAUGAGAAAUCCGAAUAAUGUUUGUUCAAAGUAUUAAAAUUCCUUACAUAUUUGUUCCAAAUUUUGUAGCUUCUCAAGAAAUGUUUGUUCGAAGAAAAAAUAAAAGAUGACCAAUAAAUAUAUUCAAAAUAUUGAUAUUGCAACAAUUGUCUGUUCGAUCUACUAUAUUUUCAAUAAAUAUUAUUUUUAUAAUAAUUUGUCUAGAUACUUAUUUGAUUCUGGAAAUUCUAAUUCUUUUCGAUCAAUAAAAAAACUAAAAUAUAAAUAAACAAAUAAACUCAAAUACCCAUAUACAGCAGUGGUCUACUUGUGAACAGUAUCAAUUUUUUAUUUUCCUAUUUUUACUUUUUGUGUUAAAAAUUUAAACAUAAUUUGAUAAUUAUUAUAAGUUCAAUUUAUUUACUGAAAUUGUGAUAAUUCUUGACGAAUUACUAAAAAUAAAUUAAAUAAAGAAUGUAUUUUUAAAUUAUUAAAAAUACAAAUUAUUUACCUAGUAUAAUAAUCAUCGCUGUAAUCAUUCAUUCUUCUAGACUGCAUAUCAGAGAGGGGUAUACUGUAUAUUUUUUAGAAAAUUAAAUUUUUUCACCGAAAAUAAAUAUUUUGUAUGUAGAUACUUAUUUUUAAUUUUAUUGUUAAAAAAUAAAAACUAAAAUAUUUCUGUUAGUCCUCUCCUACCAAAUAAUCUUACAUAUAAUAAUAUGUCCUUGAGAGUGAUAUUAUUACUAUUCUAUUUAUACAAAUGAAUUAGUUAUAGGUACACGAAUUUCAGUUCAUAAUCUGGAUUAUGUUAAUAUCGAGCGCUUACUCCCAUGUAAAUUUCAUACAGAUUUCAUUUAUUUGAAAUAGGUUAUAAUGUGCAGGAUGUCUAAAGAAUUAUACAGUUGAAUAUUUUAUUUUAAAUUUAUAUAAGAUGUUCUUAUAUUUUAACAAGUUAUGGAAUUGCACUGUAUGUGUUUACUAAAUUAUCUAUUUUUAAUGGUUAUUUAUACAAUAAACUUUGAAAUAAUAAAAUAUGACAGUUAAAAAAAAUUGGUAACCAUUAACCAAGUAUAAUAUGCUUAUAGGAAUAAAUCAAUGUAAAUUAAAUAUUUCAAUUUUUAAAUAAUUACAGGAUAUUUUUCAAAUUCUUAAUGUACUUUUAUUUUGUUACCUAGGAAGUUUUAAUAUUGGCUAAUAUGAAUUUUUAUCAAAAUAAAUAUCAACUGAUAUUAAAAUUUAAAAUUACCUAACAGGCACAGUUGUUGGUUACGUAUCUAGUCAUCUCGCUUAGCUUGAAAUAAGCACCAGUCAUUAUAAAAUAAUAAUAAUAUUAUGAAUAAUAUCAGCCAUCUACUUGUUAGUCGAAUCAACAACCAUAACUAUAUGUACCAGUAAUUACGAACAGAUAGACACAACCGGGAUAAAAAGUAUCUAAACUUAUGUUCAGAAACCUAAUACUCUUAUAUCUAUACUUAUUAUUAUUAAUAAAACAAGGUAAAGUAUUAAAGGUAUUUUAUAAGUACCUAAUACAUCAAUAAGUUAAAUAAUAUUAUUUUAUUUAUUUAUCUACCUAAGUGUAAAAAAACAAUAUGUAUAGAAGUUUGGAAUAAAUAAUCACUGUUCGUAAUUGUAUUAUAAUAUUGGAAAUAUAAUAAUUUAAGUUAAUAGCAAAAAAUAAUAAUAAAACAUUUGGAAACUUUUUGAAUCAAUAAAUUGUAUGCUUUUUAUUUGCUCAGGUCCGAGUUUAAAUUUGUCUUAAAUUCAUCUAAAUAAACCGUGUACGUAGGUAAUAUUAAUGAUUGUAUCAACUUUUUUUCGAAUAACAUAAAAAAUAAAAAUAUUAUAUGUGACGUCGAACAAAACAUCAUUUCCAUGCUUUGUCUCAGUAAAAGAAAAAAAAAAUGUGAAAUGUAUUAUUUUCUGGUCAAGGCUAUUGGUAAUAUCGUUUCAAUAUUUAUAGUUACACUACAGUGUAUAAUAUUAUUAUAUAUAUAUAUAUAUAUAUAUAAGAUGUAAUGUGUAUAUGUGUGAGUAUGCGUGUGUGAUAUAGAAAAACUAUAAUAUGAAGCAAUAAACAAUAUAUUUGAAAACAUAAAUAUCCCCACCCUCAUUGUAUGUGUUUAUUAUAAACUGGAUUGAUUUCUUUAUACAUUGCCAUUUUUGCUUACGUUCAUUGGAUAUAGUAUGUAUUACAACAGUUUAGUGUGAAAGUAAAUUUGUACUGUUCAAGUUAUGACAAAUUACUAAUAGACUAUUAUAUGGACUAUUCUUAUGAAAUAUUAAUAUAAUAUUAACAAUUUUACUAUAUAUUAGUUUUAGUUAAACUAGAGUAAUGAACUUAUGAACAUAGGCGUGCGCAGAACUUUGGUACUGGUACGGCACAAUUUUUCUUAUAGGUAACGAUUAUUUUGUGGUAAUACUACAGUCAAAGCCAAUAAUUUUACAUUUUAUUUGAAAUUGUAUACCAUAGUACAACAAUAAAUUUAAACAAUUUUAAAAUAGACACUGUGUAAUUACUAAUAUAUAAACUGUUUGUACUGUUUGUAGUGAUAAUUAAUAUUAAAUAUUAAUACUUUUAGGUAAUUAAGUUAUAUUAUAUUAAAUAUGUAUAAAUACCAGAGUAAUACAGAAAAUAUAAAAACAAAAAGCUAUAAAAAAAAAAAAUAAUAAUAUAGUAUUUCAUCAAUCUAUAACAAUCCGUAUCUUAUGUAUCAUGAUGUUGUAACAUUUUGUCUCAAAUCGUUUUAUCAGGAUUAAGUUACUAACAUUUAUAAUAAAGAAACGUAUAGGACCGUGGUCUUACCAAUAAAACAACAGAAUAUAUUAUUAUUAUUAUUCGUAAUAUUUUAAGACAAAUUUCGUAUUGAAAAAUACAAUAAAAACAUGUUUUUUUUUUUAGACAAAGUUAGGAAAUCGAAAUUCAAGAAACUAAAGAUCAAUACAGGUACGGCAUAGGUACGCAUUACCCGUGCGCAAGCCUAUUGGUUAUAAAAAUAAGUAUUUGUUUGAACAAAAUCCGAAUAUCGAGUUAUUGAAAUCCAAUGUAAGACAUGUCAUGUAUUAACAAUUGGAAAGAAAUAAUUAUUUAUCUUAUUCAAAAGAUGUAGAUCAGAGUCGUGUAGCAUAUUAUAUUGUCAUUAACAUUUUAUACGACUCUAAAAACAGUGAAGACGUAUGAGUAGUAAGAAUACCUAAACUUUUUAAAGAUUUUUGAAAUAAAUUCAAAUUGACUAUAAGAAGGUAGUAACAAAAUAAAAUUAAGAUUAAACCUAUUCACUCUUCUAUUGAAAAUUAAAAUUAUAUAAUAUUUAAAAUGACUUUUAAAAAUAUCUAGGAUAUCUACAUAAAUACAUAAACAAUAUAGGCAAAUAAUUUAAUCGUAGGUACGUAAUUCGUAUAAUUCGUAUAAUUCGUAUAGUAAGUUGCGAAAUUGAUAUUUUAAAAGCUAAUAAAAAAAAUUAUCUGUGCUAAUUUUUGAAUUAUAAUUUAAAUAAUGUGGGUAUGUAUGCGCUUAAUAAUAUAAUGUCAAUUAUACCAUCAUGAUUUCAUUAUAUAUUUUUUUCGUUUCUAAGAUUUAUGAAAAUAAUAAAAAUGUGUUACGCUAUAAAUCUUUGAAGCGUACUCAAACUCAACCAACUAACGAUAACAAUAGAUUAAGCCAUGCGCCAUAUAGGUACCCACUACCAUGAAAUCUUUUUGAUUCUGAUAAUUAUAAAAAAAUACUUGUAAUUAUGUUACUUUUUAAAUUUUAAUUAGUGUUAAUGGCAUUAACGCUAAAUAUUAUAAAUACGUAAAUUAAAAUCAUGUAUCUAAAUUAUUGAUAUUUUGUCAAAAAGGUGGUUGAAUACGAUUCGUUUUUUUGUGUUUCUAGACAAAUAAUCUGGAGUGGAAUAAACAUGAUUGCAGUAAUCCAACUUUUAGUGUGAAAAAUGAUUUGACUCCAUACUUGACAGCAAUACUUCUUUUUUUAUGUUUUGUAUGGAAAAUAUCUUAGUUUAAAUUGAUUUGUUCUAACACAUUUUAAUACGAGUUUAUUUUAAGAAAAAUGGCUAACUCAUCGUGUACUUUAAACUAAAUAAAAAUCCCAACAAAUUAUUCUUACAAAACAGAUAAGAAUUGAAAUGUUUUCAAAGUUUAAAUUGGACAAACGGUAGUAGCUGAAUUGUACUCCGGAAUAUUUGGUCUAUGACUCUGAAACGUCAUAUUCGACAUAUUCGUCUGUAAAAACGGACGUACCUCUUCAUUUUAAAUAAGUAUUGGGUAGUAGAUUAGUGGAAAAGUAUUACAUUAAAAGGUAUUUUAAAAUUAGAAAAACUUGUGAAAAUCGUUUUAAAACUACUUACGUUUAUUUAAGAAAAUUAUUAAGCAUUAUUUUAUAUAAUAGGUAAUCCGUUAGGUACCUAGUAAAACCGAUUUAACAUUUGUAAAUUAUUUAACAUAAUAUUUAUGUUCAGUCUUGUUGAUAGUUCCUUCCAUAGUCCUUAAACCUUAAUAUUGAACCAUAGGAAUAAGAACGGUACUUCCGUAAAAAACGUCUCCAUUUUCGCUGUAUUACAAAUGCACUGAUCCGUGCAAUAACAGUAAAACUGAUUAUGAUAUUAAAAAAAUAAAAAAAUGUAUAUAGUCAUUGUUCAUUAUUGUUACUUGUUAAAAAAAACUAAAACAGUACAGUAUAUUAUUUUUAUUUACUACCUUAAAAAAUAUAAAUUGUUAUAAACUCAAUAGCUUUAAAUAGCACGAUGAAUUAUACAUUUAUACAAAUAAUUUGUAUGGUAAUACAAUAUAAUAUGUAAUCUUUGUUGUAAAUUUUACAUCAGUAGCACUUAUGUUGAUUUGGAGUUGGGAGUUUAAGAUAUAUAAUGUUUUUUUAAAUUUAUAUCUGUACAAAACGAUAAAUAAUUGCUGACGAAAUACGAUUCUGAGCUCGGUUAAACACGCGUUCAAGUGUCGUGAUUUUUAAACUUUUCGAUAAAAUUUAAAUUUAAAUUACUUAUAAAAAUAUUAUUACAUUUCUAUCCAUUUUUUUUUUUGCCAUAAAAUUCGACAUAUGAUGAACCUCGUGUCAAAUUUUUAACUAUUUUGGCUUGGUCAAACAGUUUUAUUCAAAAAAUAGUACGCAAAAUUUUAUGGUUUACAAUAUUUGAAAUUGAAACGCGUAUACAUAUGAAAAAAAACUACUGCAUGAUACUAAAAUUUUUUUUUUUGAAUACUUAGAUCAACAUAAUUAUACGGGAUUUUCUGAAAAUUAUCAAGCAUUAAAAAUUGUAUCCACAUAAAACCAAAAACUAAAAUUAUUCCAAAAUGUAAAAUGCCUAUAAUUAACUUUGAAAGCGCUACAGAGUUUUAAAUAUUUUACCACGUCUAGAAAAUGCUAAUCUAAGUGUUUUAUGAAAAUUUUAGGUUACUACAAUUAUUUUUCCCCGAGUAACAUAAAAUAAACAAAAUCACAAAGAGUGAAACUAUCGUUUUAUUAGUAAACAUUCCCGUUUAUACUAAAAUUUUCUCGGUUUAACUUUGUUGUUAUGAAAACUAUAAAGAAAAUCAAUAAAUGACCACCUCAGUACAUUAACCACAUCCGAAAUGUUACAAAAAAAGGUUACAAGUAAUUUAUAAAUCGGUUAAGAUUUUUGGUAGAAAAGUUAAUAGAAAAAAAAACACACAUCAUAGGAAAUCCGAAAAAAUCUACGCUGUGUUCAAAAUUUAAAAAAAGUUAUCCCGUUGUUGUUUCCCCUGGUAGUGAAGGCGAGGCCCUGAACCGAUCGCGAAAGUUUUCAGAUAACAUAAAAUCGGCCGUCUUUGAUGGUGUAGGGUAAUGAGUAUAGAUAGCGAAUACCUGUUAUAUAAAAAAAUAAUACAAAAGCUGAUACACGGGGCCGGGUACAGCCACUGUUUUAAAUGGAAAGUUAGGAAGAUAUGUUAUACUAAGACUAACCGGCCAUACUAAUCAGUGAUCAGAUCAGUAUUUUGAAAUAAGCUAAAGUUAUAAUAGUAAUAAGACGUUCAAAAUUAUAAAUAUUUGUCUGUUUUUUCACUAACAAGUAAUUAGUAAGUAAUAACUAUUAACUAUUAUUAUUAAUUAUUACUCCUAUAUAAUAAUUAUUAUUAAUUGGAGGCACCCGAAGGUGAAAAUUCAGGAGGGGAGAUAGCCUUAAUUUUAUUAUUAAUCAAACACUUUUAUUAAUGUAUUACGUGUAUUUUUAUAAAUGUUUAAAGGUAUUAUAAAUAAUAUAAUAUUAAAUUUUACACUUAUAACUAAUUGAAUACAAAUUGCAAUUUUAUUUUAUUUUUUUCAAUUUAAUCAACAACUUUUUUUGUUAAAUUAAGUUCUUUAACUUUUUUCCUAUGCAAACUUAACAUACAUAAUCCGGAUAAACGAUUCUCUCAUAUUAGAUAAUCGCAAGUCAGCUAUCCACAAAAAAUAUUCACAAAUGAUCGGCUUCAUACUUCAAAUCAUAGGGCCUAAAUCAUUGUAUAUUAUGAUAAUAAAUUAACGAAAUUGUAUUAUUACAAAAUAUAGUUCUCGACUAGAUACUAAUAAUGAAUUUUGGAAUUUUGAAAAACUGAAUUUGGAAAUAAUCAUCUUAACUUGCUGGAAAGCUAGGGCUCUAGAGGGGAAUGGUCCUCCACUUGUGGGCGCCUUUGCUAUCAAUAUUAUUUGUACUUAUAAGUCUACCGAAAUGAUUACAAUUUACAAUGUAAUUAUAUUAAGAUGUAUACAAUUACAAAAAAGGAAACAAAGUUUUUAUAACUAUAGUUCAGUGUAAGUACAGUUAUAAGUAGAAUAUAUGCAAUAUAGGUAUUUUAAAUUUCAAUAAUAAUAAUAAUACAUUUUUAUUCAGUUUGAUGAAGGAAAAUUAAUUUUACAAUAUUACUAAGGAAAAGUAGUUUACUAGUAGUUUAAAAAUAAAUAAUCGGUAAUUUUACAUCACUACCUAUUAUAAAAUUAAAAAAAGAUAAUAUUUUGAAGAACAAAACAAUGUAUUUCAAUUUUAAAAUUAAUUUUUUAAAUGUUUCAGUCAUUUAAAAAUGUUGAAUUAGUCCUUUUUUCUAAAUGAUGUAUUGAACGUUAUAUUUAAAAUGAUACAUAGAAAAACGGAAAUAUUGUUCUCUUUAAAUUUUGUAAUAUUACUAUAAAACUAAAUUUAUUCCAGUUCUGCAUAAUCUGCGUAAAGAUAUUUUUGAUAUAAUGCCGGUUAGUUGAUUGGACUGUCACAGUUGCGCAUGUGGGUAUCACGUUUUCUUUAACAGAUUAUUUUUAUGACUAAAUCAGCGUGGCAUUUUCAGAAUCAUUAGAUUUCCUGUUUAAUAAUCGGUUGGGACAGCACAAUUAAUUAUAAUGUUCGGUACGAGUUUUGUUGUCGUAAAUUGAAUUUAUAAUACUAUAAUUUAUAUCAAAAUUAUCUAUAACUGAACCGGGAAUGAUUUGCUAUUACAAGAUAAUAGUGUAAAUAAUAGUAAUAAUAAUAAUAGUUUUCUUGUUCAUGACAACCAAAUUAUGAUCAAUGUCACCAAGGUAAUCCAUGAAUAAAAAAAAAAAAAUAAAUAAACAAUUAUAUAUUCGUACCAAAAAUACCUGAAAACCCCUAUUUUACUCCCUUUGGGGUUGAAUUUUAAAAACCCCUUGCUUAGCGGAUGCCUACGUCAUAAAAGCUCUUUAUAUGCUAAAUUUCAGCUCGAUCCGUUCAGUGAUUUAUGACGAAUCAGUCAAUUAAGACAUGUUGAUGCAUUAUGUAAUCGUCUUCAUCGUAAUUAAACGAUGAUUUAUCGAAAGGUACUUAAAAUUUUAAAAGCAUAUUUUACUAAACAAAUAAAUAAUGGUAAAAUUGCUCACUUUACACAUGAACGAUUUUUAUUAAAAUUAUUGAAAGUUACAUAUGUCUAGUUCUCGGUAAUUUUUAUUUACAUUCUUAAUGACAUUAUUAUAGAAAUAAUUAUUUUUAAUAAUGCCCUACACCUAUUAUACCUAAUAUACCUAUUAUAAAAUAUUAGUUAAAAUAACAAUAUCAAAUUAUUGUUUAUAGAUUACUAGAUAAAUGAUUUUACUUAUUAUAAACUAUGGUUAAUAAUGGUUUGGAAAAUAUUUAUCAAAUUUGUAUUUAUAUUCUGAACGAUAAGUACAAAUUAAACAUAUUAUAUUGGUUCUAUAAAAAUGUAUAUUUAUUUUUAUCUUAAGCUGUUUACACUUUAAAGGGGUGAGAAGAAAGGUUCUUUAAUAUUUUUAAGUUAGCUUAUUUUCUGGUAAUAAAUUUGAUUUAGUUUGUUUAGAAUAGUUCGGUUACUUCUACACUUGCGCAAAAAUCGGUUAACUUUUAACAAAUUGACAGACACUUUUAAUAUAAUUUUUACUGCUAUAUUAGUAGUGCUAUACCUGUAUCCAAAAUCUAUGUAAAUUGUUAGUAUGAACUGCCGUAAUGUGGCAGUCCACUGUCUUCUAUGAUUUGAUACCAUUGAAAUUAGGUCUGCUGAAUAAUACUAAUACUGUUGAAACAGUAUUGACGUAAUAUGACAUUUUACAUAUUAAUGCUAUAGCAUUAAUGUCCGUCAAUGUGUUAAAGAAACUAUAAUUGCAAGUCAUUUUCAACAAAAUCAACAAUAUCGUUUUAGUAUUAUUGUUGCGAUUUAAAAAAUAAUAAUUCUUCUAGCCAUGGAUUUAAAAUUGCUAAUAAUGAUAAUUUGUUUACUAUUAAACAGAUGUAAAUACAAUUCUAAAUAUGUGUUGUUCAUUUCUUAGAAUUUAUUAAAAAUGAAAUAUAAACUCAUCAUACGUGUUUUACUUAAUUUUAAAAUGACCAUGUGUGUGAAAUGUGUUUUAGAAGUUCUAAGUUUGUUUUGGCAAAAUAAUCAAUCCUCCUCAGAUUUAAUAUUCUAUAUUUAUGCUUAUAACCUGAAUACAAUUAAACAUGUUGUUCACAAAAUAUAUUAAUUUGUGACACUGUAUACAAUGUUACAGUAUAAGUAUAGUUACUAACUUUUUUUUUUUAAUUUACAAGUCAAUUAUUAGUAUUAGUAGGCUCAUGAUUUGGGCAUGAUAUUAGGAGAAAAGAAUCAGAGACAAUUAGAAAUGUAAUGAAAAUAAACGAAAUAAAAAUAGUUGGAUAUGAUUGAGAAUGAUAUGAGAACGUAAGACAAUAUAAUAUCUUUUUCUAGAGAGAAAUAUUUACAUUUUUGGUCUAAAUUUAUUGAAAUUUUGAAAAUUUUAAUCUUUAUAGUUGUUUUAUCGCUUUGAAAGAUUAAUCUUUUAUUAUCUGCAUUUUUGGAUCCCUUCAAUAAGAAUAAUAUUCUUUUUUUUUAGAUCUAAGUUAAGCGAGGAAUGUAUUGGUUUUUCAAUGAUGUUUAUUAUUUAGUUUUAUUUUCUAUUAAUUUUUUUAAACCCUACAUGGAAAAAGACCGCUAAGAAUUUCUAACCUAACCCGAGAAUCACCAACUACCGAAUGAUGGAUGGAUCUAGAGUUUGGGAACUUUGAUCAGCUAUUUUUGAUAAGCAAUUUUGUUGGAUUAAUAAUUAAGACCAAGGGCCCCAGGAUUUGUUUUUACGAGGGGGAAAGCUAAAUAAAAUUAUUAAAAGUAACCCGGUAUGGCUGAUAUAUAUACAGACAAGGGUAGUAUUCUGAAUAUUUGAAAAAUACUAAUUUUAUGAGUAUUCAUUAGGUACUAUGUUUUAAAUAUAUUAAAAAGUAUUUUAUUUCUUGAAAAAAAUACUUAUUCAUAAACUUUUCUUAUUGUAUUUAAUGCUUAACCUCUAAAAUGUGUGUUUAUUUUCUCGGAAAACUUUUUCGAUUAGUAAAAAUCAGAGUAAAAAUAAUUGUUCUGCGAAGGCACUCCACCAGGCAUACUACUGCACACCCAUAGAUAAUAAUUAAUUGAUAGGCCAUGUUAUCAGACUCAGACGUUUUUUAAUUUUCUAUCUCAUUCAGCAAUAAUGUAAUUAUUUGCAGUUAUAAUUGGGGAAUACCCGUGACUAAACAAGCCAAAUAGAAUAAAGAUAUGAUUUUAAUAUUACAGACAAUAAUUACUAUCUCUCUACUAUGCGUAAAUUUACAGUUCGUUUUUAAAAGCCGAAGAAGCUAAUUUUACAAAACUUUACUGUGGAUUAAAAAACCCCUGAACCACCCCCUAAAACCGAUACUGCAACUACCACACAUACAUGCAUGCAUGCAUGUAAAUUAGUUUUUAGUUUGAGGAAAAAUAAUCUUAUUUAGAUGUAUAUUUGUUGUUCAUUUAUUGUACUUAAACCCUAGAAUUUAUUUACUAAUAUACCACUGGUCAAAACUAAAUGGUAUCAAUUGUAGUUAAAAUAAAUAAUAGGUAACUAAAUUUAUGAAUGUUUACUGAUCAGUUGCCUAGUACCUACACAUAUACGAAUUAAUUAUUAUUAAUUAUGAUUACAAUAAACUCUGCAAUAAUUUAUGAUUGGAUUGGGGAGGGGGCGGAACUGAGAAACAGAGCUUCUCCGGUUUUUUUAUUAUUAUUUUUUUUUUUUUCUGGAAGUCUUAUCAAGUAUUUCUGUUGGAAAUUUGGGACAACGUAUAUUUUUGCAUAUUUUUAAGACAUGUACUCGUAUUUUUUAUUAUUAUUAUUAAUUUAAUAUUUAUUGUUCAGGAAUAAAUUAUUUUCAUUAUUAUUUUGACUGUAUUUACCAUUGUUGAGUUAUCACUCUUUAAUUUUUUCAAUUCAAACAUUGGAAAUUAAUACUAAAAUACAAUCUUACAAAUACCUACAAUAAUCCUUUUACAGAUCAUUUAACAUGAUUAUAUGAACUUUGUAAAGCUUUCACCACAUACACGACAAACUUUUUCUGUAUUCAAAAUGUCUUUAAAUAUCGUAUUGUUGGAGUUUGUUAUAGUCGUUGAUUUAUAGUGAAAUUGACAUUGUUAUGUGUACAGUAGAAAGCCCAACAAUAUCUGAAAAAGAGAAGCGAUUUUACACGUGUCUUGCAAAGUUUUAAUUUACAUUUCUAUAGUACGAGAAUAAAUAAUUUGGGAAGGAAAAUGGAAUUGACUAUUUUUAAAUGUUUUUGGAAAACAUCUAAUUUAAAAACCAUUAAAUCAUAGUAUAGUUCACAAAAUAAAGAUUUUCGUAAAUAUUUAUAAUGUAUUUACAUUAUCAAAGGUAAGAUAAAAAAGAAACUAUAAAAGUUUUCUUAGAGUUUAUCUUAAUAAUAUGAACAAACUCGGAUAGUUGGUGUUGGAAAUUAAAUGGUAGUAGAGUUAGUUCGACGUCAGUAAUUUGUAAUUACUAAUAGAUAUUAUUGCCGAAAACAGCGUUUGUAGACGGGUGUGUGAAUAUUUAAUUUCGCCAUGUGCGAUAUCCACAUCGUGUUAGCUAUUCGUACUUUAAAGAGAAGUAAUUUGCACGAUAAUCGGAUAGUGGACGUGCACCCCGAAAAGAAUGCCGUGGCAUUUCAUCCGAAAUGCACUGGUCACGUUUGUUAUUAGUCACCCCUAUUUUUACGUGUGUUCGGAAAAUCCGUUGGAUCGCCGCCGCCGCGCCGCCACUAUCGGUUACACCCGUUUGUGUGUGCCGUAUAAACGGUCGGACGGUGAGAGACGUAUGUACGCGUAUCUGAACAACGGUGAAGCGGCGCGGGUAACAACCGUGGUAGUUGUACGACGGUUUUGUGCGGGAAGGGGAUGGUCGGGGGAUUGUCGAGGAAAUAUUGCCGUGCCCGAACUUGGUAGAUAGGUACGCGUUACGACUUGUACGAGUUCACGUGUGUGAACGCCGCUUGCCCGGUUCCCACCGCGUGCGCACUAAAACCGGUUACUUGCCAACGCCAUCGGGCACUGUGGUCGUCGGUUGAACAUUGGGGGGGGACGGUUCCUCUGAGAAUGUACGUUACGAAAUUUUUAUAGCGACGCCACUACACUAGUCGCACGGGUUCGUUCGCAACGGUCGUUUGUUUGUCGUUUUCGUCUCCCCUCGCCGUUCAGUCGCCGCCACCGCUGGCGCGCGUUCUUUCCCCCACCCCAUUCGUCUUCCCUAAUAUUAGUGUAUAAUAAUUCAGUACCGUUAAAAAUUCUCCUGUUUAGGAAUUAAAUUUUUUAUUAAUCAUUGAUUUUUGUUUUUCCUUUGCAAAUUCUGUUUUUCCCCAAAUGUCUUCUGACGUGUUUAAAUCGUGAUACUCGCGGUUGUGGUGCGCGCGCAGCACGUUGUCGUCCGUGCGGCCGUCCCCGUCCUGUUCGGUGUGAUGCCGUUGUCUUUCAAAAAGAUCUUCUCUCGAAAACUACUGUUCAGCCCCAAAGUCAUGGGCGGCGCAGCGUCUCAUCACGAACCAUUGGACCGAGUCGCCAACCACGCAAGCUCGUCGUUCAGACGUUCGGCCAGUUGUCGUCACAGCAAAGCCAAUAAGGUACUUACUAUGCCGUCCAGUAACGGCCACAAUAACGUCAGACGGUGGUCGUCGAACACGCGUUAUUCUCGAUUGAAUAGUCUUUGUAAAAUAUGUAAAAUCCCGUUUGUUGCAAUCGUCUUCGUUCCCAGCCGUGGUUCUUGCCGACGUGCUACUGUGCGCGACCUUGCUCGCGCAUAUCGUCGUGUAAUAAUAUUAUGCUAAUAAUAUAAAUUUAAAAUUAUUCACGUAGCUAUAACACGAUAUAACGUUCACGUUUUCAGAAUAGAAAUACACACAGUCGCACAUUGUUUAAUGUCCUGUGGGCGUUUUACCGAUAGAUAAUUACUAAGUUUUGCGACUUGCCAGAGACAAUAAACAUACAAUAUUAUAUUAUAACACGAUUUCGCAGUAGGUACCUACCAUUGUACUCGUCCAAUCGGUAGUUUUUACGAGUUACGACAUUGUGUAGUAAUUUUUUUUUCAUUUAAACACUCGAAAACCAAACGACUUGAAUGUCGAAAUGCGUUUCAUAGUACCAUGUGAACUUUAUUACAUUUUAAUCAUUUUAUAGCGUCUAGAAAAUGUAUAAUUAAUCUCGGAAACUAGGUUGUUUCCAUUUGGUAUUUAUCUACGACUUACUUAAGGUAUAAUACGAAAUUACAGGUACCAGGUACUUACGGAAUAUCAAAUAAUGUUCUCUAAGCAUCCGCCGAGUGCCUACGCAAUUUGUUUCGUUUUUUAAAUUAUUGAAUGUAAUGUUGAUGGUUAACGCAUAAAACCAUGUACCAAGGUAUCAAAAAUAUCAACCAACUAUUUAAGAAUUAACGAUACCAGGUAUAAUAUGUACCUUUUUUAAUAUUAAAUUAAUGAAUAUUUGAUCUAACUUCACAGUACCUAUGUGUAAGCAAAUAGGUACCUACCUAAAUAUAUUAUUUUAUGAUAGGUUUUUGAUGUUUUUAAAAUAAUUAUUCUAUUGUAGAUGGGUACAAUGUAGACAUAUUUUAUUUGCAGUUUGUAGUUUCACAUCCUUACGACCUUACCAUCGAUUUAAAUCCAUUAAUACCUAUUAAUUUUUAUUAAUUAAUACCUGAUUCAUUUUGAAUCAGUGGGUGCUUAAAAUAGUAAAAUGGCAUUUCACGAGUAUGUGCCCCUAGAGGAAUUUAAAUAUUUUAACGCGAGACUCUAUGUAAACAUUUAUAAUAUAUAGGUAUAUACCUACUUCUAUACAAAAAAAAUACUGAUCUUUUUGGAAAGGUAUUUUAACAAACAUACCUACGUGGUUAAAAAAUAAGAAUAAAAUCGAUAUACUGUUAUUUUGACAUAUAGCUAGGUAUAUUGAAUUUCUUAAAAAUGUAUUUGUGUAAAUGGUUUAUAAAUAGAAUCGAAGAAAACGAAGGUAUGAACAUUUUGUCUAGAUUCUGAAUGACUGAGAUUCAACUCAAAUGCUCAAUAGGUUAUGGUUACCUAUAUCUUAACGUAUCAAGUUCAGUACCGAUAUAGACAAACGUGUAUUUAUUAACCGUUUUCGGCGGGGAGGUGCUCUUUUUAAAUACCAUUCUGAGGCUCCAAAACCCGUGCUACUUUAAUAUAACACGACUAUUUCAAAAUAACAAUUUUGGAUAAAGGCUGCAGCCACCUCAACCCCGCCCAUAAAUACACCCCCAUAGGUAAAGUUGGUAUCUGAUAAAAAUUAUGUAUACCUAGGUAUCUAUAAAAUAUAUUACUGAUAAAUGAUAUUUAAUAAGUAUUAAACAAUAUCAUAUUUAACAGUUCAACACUGCGAGAUAUUAAAGACAUGGCGAUAUGUAAUAUCGAAUAAUAUAAUAUUAGGUACAUACCUACUUACUUUUUUUGUGUGAAUUAUUUUCUAGCAUAAAUUCAUUAACGCAAAUAGAAUGGAGGGUUGGGCUCCCGAAACUCAAUUAAGCGGCCUCUCCAAAUCAAGUUCUCGUCAAGUAAUCGCCUACUAUUAAGUAUACCUAGUUUUUUUAAUCAUUAAUUAUUAUGGAGGGUUUAAGUGUCGUCUCUAAAGAAAACAAAAAUAUUUAUAUAUAUGUAUAUUUUGGCUACUUGCGCCUACGCAUAAGUCGGCAUUAAUUGACUGUAUCCAUAAAAAAUAAUGGCAAAGUCUUUUAUGUAUGCCAUUUUUAUUUUCUAACCUAAACUUGUAAAGCCCCUUGUAAAAUAUACCGGUUUAAUAAAAUGUUCAAUAUAAAUUUUUUUAUGAAAUACUAUUAACCCAAGACAGCCCAAUUGGCGCCAUCAAAUCGAAAGCUUUAGGACAGGGGUCUUCAACCCACUGCCCGCGAUCACAUUUGAAGUAUAGCAUGUCAUUUCUGUUUAGAUAAAACUAGAACGGCUAUAAGCCAUCGCUUUCGAAAAAAUUAGGAAAAAUGCAUUACGAUAAAUUAAAUUACUUACCUACAUAAAAAUGUUGACUGUUAUCAUCCAAAUAUGGAAAAAUUGAUUACCUAGCGAAAAAUAAUGUCAGUUAUCGCAUUAAAAAUAAUGUGUCAUUCAAAAUUGAAAUAUGUUAAUCUAUAUAGGUAUGUUUUGAUAGUAAUAGUAGUAAUGAAGUAAAAGUUUGUAAUUUAAAAUUUAAUCGUACAAAUUAUAAUAAAACUGAAUUUUUCUAUAAAAUACAUGUUUUUACUACGAAUGCGGCCCGCGAGAUUUGUAUAAAAUAAUUUGUGCCCUCUGCAUAUAAAGGUUGAAGACCCCUGAAGCCCCCUUGGGCUUUAAUAUAAUAGUAUAAUACUUAUACUACAGUAUUUAAGCAAUUAAGUAUCUGUUCGAACGAGAUUUAAAAUAAGCUAAAUUUAUGUGUGAUGUAUUGCAACUAUUUUUUAUUUUUUUUAAACAUUACCAUUUUUUUUACGUUGAUAAAACUAAAUUAUGUGUAUAGAAUAUUAAUAGCUGAUAUUUAUGUAAUAAAUCAAAAAUAAUUACGUAUUAAACGUAAUUAAAUUAAGUCAUAAUAACUUAUAAAUGUAAAUAAUUAUCCCACUCUAAAGCGAUUAUUAAAAUAUUUUUAAAAACUGUACCUAUAUAAUACUAUUAUUAUUAUAAUAUUUCAUUAGUACUCGCAUAAAAUAAUGAAUGGUAAAGUUAAUAAACAUACUAUGGGUAAUUAUUAUUAUUGAACGUUAUAGAAUGUUUCACGAUCAUAGUGUUUAGUUUGUCUUACGGUGGGGAUAAUAUGCGAACUCUAUAAUCCCACUAGCUAUAGGCGCAUACUACGAAAAAUCUGAACUCUGUAUAGUGAGACAUUCUGCAAACUAUGCAUAAUUUAUUGUGGCGACUUUAAUGGGCAAUAGAAAUGUUAAUACGAAGAGAUUAUUAUUAUUUUUUAAAUAUAUAGUUGCAGUUGAUAAAAAAAAAAAAAACAAAAAUCAUUUUCCUAGUUGAAUAAUUUGUCGUAUUAGUUGGAAAACCAUAUUAUUAAUAAUUAUAUUACCUAUUCGUCGUUAUUACGUUAAUUCCAGAGAUAAUUCGUCAAAAUUACAAUAGUUGUAAUAACCUUAUCGUAUUCAAUAAUUACAAUAAUAACCGUAGACAUAUUAUUAACCUGUGUACGGUUCUUUAGUCACUCCCCGUAUAUUGUAUUGUGAGUUAACACAAGAGAGAUAAAGAUAGUAGAUUGUAUAGUAUCCAUAUCUUUCCUACUCACUCGAUACCAUUCGAUAGUAUCUAGUACCUUCCCCAUUCGUUCGAUGUUCCCUUAUGUUUUCUAUGUCUAGGAUCCGUCCAUAGGUUAAUAAGUCUCAGACUUCUUUUUACGGCAGGCCAAAUCUGAGAUACUCUUUGUUUGGCAUCGUGGGUCGACAUUUUUUAGAGGAAAAAAGAAGUAAUGAAAUAGAAGAAUAAAUGAUAAUAGAUAAAAUCUUUUUAGAUUUUAGAAAUGAAUGUAUAAUAUAUUUUUAAUCUGUAUUACUCUAAAUUAGUUUUAUUGUGGUACGAGUAAUGUACUAUUAAUGAGAAGUUUGGAUUUGCUAGUCUUUGAAAAUUUCUCGAUAGUUUGCAUUAAACUUCGUUGUUCCAAUCAACAGCGUUGCUUAUAAAUGUUCGUCCUUUGAUUCGGUUCUAUAGUUAUUAAGAAACAACAUCUAACAAAAAAAAAUUUAUUUUAUUAUUUUUUUUUUAGUAAGAAAUACUUUUGGUAAAUGCAUAAAUGUAUUAAAACAUUAGUGAAAUUUGAUUUAUUUAGGUGGAUAUUUAUACUUAAUACAUUUUUUUUUCUUCAAUUCGGUUUGCAUAAGAACUUUAUAGUACAUGAGUACGUAUAUAUGUACAUAUUACAUAUAUUUUACACCAAUGUAAUAAUGACGAUUGCCUAUGAUGAAAUCGUGUGCUAUAUUCGCUCGCCAGGAUAAUAAGAACCUGCAGGAUAUCCGCUAUUUGUUUUUUUUUUUUUUUUUUUAUGUUUCCGAUUCAUUUAUCUAGAACAGCUUGAGAUCGGCGGUGGUUUUGUGCAGCUAGCAAGAAAACAGCAGCGCGUCAACGUGUAGUAUAUUAACGUCUUAUUUCCCCCUUUCGUGUUCGUAUAACAAUAGAACAAGGGUGGUGUAGACUCCCCUCAUAGGGGUGCGUAUACGAAAUUUUGUGAUAUCCCUCAUCGCGGCGGACUCUGUAAUAUUAUUACGACGGUUUUGUCAUCGCCUAUACCUAGAUUCCUAAUACGUCGACCGGUCGACGAUGGCAGUCUUGAGAUCGGUUUAGUUAUAUUACACUGUUCGAGGUUUUUGUCGCUACUGUCUUUUUUUUUAUUUAUAUUUUAGUAAACCUAUCAAACGAGUUGCAUACAGCAUACCAGAUGCACCACUCCCAUACCAUAUUAUUGACAUAUUUAUAAAUACACACGCACACACCGUUCAACCCCUAUUGCAUAAUUCACGUUGCAUGGCCCACGCCCAACAGAAAACAUCUUGACAUCCGUUAUCGUUUCCGCAAGCAGCCUCCUGCUAUUAUAAUGUGCGCCCACAAAUAUAUUUUGUCUUUCUUCGCCGCCGCCGCCGUGCACAUUUCCGGUCAAUUUUAGAAACUCUUCACGUAUUACAGCUCUCUGUACCUAUACAUCAACUAUUGUGUCAAUCGACCUUGUUAAUUUAAUUAACCGAUACAAUAAUAAAAAUAUGUGUACGAGAGGCGAAAUAAAUUUAAAAAAAAAAAAACAACAAAAACCUAUUCUUCGCCAAUCGAUUUUUAUCACAUCGCUCAUUCCGGUCCAUCGACAUUAGUUUUUGUGCAAUUAUACGACGACAAGAUAUUCUUGUUUUUUUAUAUUAUUUAUUCUUCAGGAAUGUUUCUUCGCCGGUUGACCUUGCACGGGGGCUUUCACGAGGUCGUUCACACGGACACGGACGGAACGGCGGCGGCUAUAACGUAACGUUAUGGCACAAUUGUUGGAAAAUCGAUUUUUGUCUUUUUAUUAUUUUUGUCUUCCAGGUGGCUUAUGGUAACGUGGUUGUUUACGCCGCGGGGGCUAUUUUUAAAACGCACCACCGCAGAUUAUUUGGUGCAGCUGCAUUAGUAUAUAUUAUUAUUAUUAUUAUUAUUAUAAGAGAGCAUCUGGCUACCGCGCGUUAAUAUUGCGGAUUUGUGUUGGUGUAGGCGUAGUCUGUGGCUGUUGAGGUUCGUCGUACCCACUGCGACUGCUGCGGUGUUCGUGUAGGUUAGGCAUUACAAUACGCGGCGCGUAGAGUGAGUCUCCCGACGAAGUAAUGUACGUGCGUAGAAUGUUGCGCCGGCAGAGGCGUUUGUAGAUACCACCUUGUUUCGACGGUUACCUGAUCGUCGUCGUCGUGUUAAGGGGCGUUCACACUCGGCGUUUGGUUAUCACGCCGCUGUCCGUUGUUUACGUAACCACCGCUCUCUUCGAUUUAAUACGCUGUUGACCAAUGAUGUUGAUGACCUAAAAUGUAUAACAAAGUGCUAUGGUGUAUGUGUAUACUGCGUAUACCUGCCUACCGCGUUUUAUGGUAUAUUAUCAAGUCUGUCGAUCGCGGUGUUGAAAUAAUCAUCAGCCAAUAAACGUGAAAUGUUUAGUUGUUGAAAUGGUACACCCGCAAGCAAGAGUCUCGGCGCUAGUAAAAAUAAAAAACAAAAAAAAGUUGCUUUCUUUCUGGUUCGCCGUGUUUAUCGUUUAGCCUCGUACUCGACAAAAGACAAUAAUUAUGUCAAUAAUAUCAAUGUUGCAUAAAUCUUUUAGACAUAUUAUAGGCACUAAUUAUUAAUUUUAUUUUUUUAGUUGCAAUUUAUUAUGCGUAUUAUAAUCAUUGAAUUUGUUGUAAAUAUUGUGUAAAAUAAACACCGUACAAUAAUAAAAAAACAGGUAUCUAUAAUUUUCUUUUCUUUAAUAGUUGCAGACCUUCAAAUAUUUACUAUUUGUAAUGUAGUUUACAUUUAUUUAUGACGUGCAUUAUAAUAUAUAUAUACAUAUACAUAAAUUGAUACGCACAAAUAUGUUGUAAUAAUAUAAAUAAUAAUGUUGUCCUUUAUUAUGUGAAUUUAAAUUUGUUAUACAUUAUGUGGAUAUCAUAUAUAAGUGCAUAGUGUAUAAAUUAAAAUUGUCAGACAGAUUUGUUGAACCCUUUAGCCUUUGAACCAGCUGUGCAUUAGCAAAAAUGCAUCACGUUGCUAUUAUAAUAUUAUGCAUUACUUUUUUUGUGAAAAGGGUACGAUGAAAGAGAGAGAGAGAGAGAGAGAGAGAGAAAGAGAAAUGUUUUUGCUUACAGUAUCGUUACACAAUAUAAUAGAUAUCGUGAAGAAUAAUGUUAAAAAUACUUCGCUUUUUUUCGUGAUUUACUCUUAAAAAUGUUGUGAUAUAUUCUUUUCGUUUGUAUGUUCAAUUUUAUAAAUUAUGUGACUAUUAUUCUUACUAUAGUUAGUUAUUAGAUAUUAUUUUAUUAUGUUCCUGUCGUGCAAUCAUAUAAGUUAUAAUAUCAGUUACCUUCUCAGUCAUUUAAUUAAUUUAAUCUAUUUUGUGGUUAAUGGCUAUAUUAUAUUGUCUUUGCUAAAGAUAAUAUUAUUAAAUAUACCUAAUAGUAUGUUUAAUAUUUAAAUCCUAUGUUUAUGCGAAAAAUAUCACGGAUAAUCAGCUAUUAAUUUAUUAGGAUUUUUUAAAUAGGUACCAAUUUAAUACUAUUUCGGGGUCCAUCACACUGUCAACAAAUGGAUGAUCUAUAUCCGGAAAAGCAUUAAUUCUAUCUAUAUAAUUCUUAAUCACAAUUCACAUUACGCAUCUCUCUAAACGAAUAAUUAAAAUUGUUAUUAUUGUGAACAACGUCGUCGACCGUUGUUUUUAAGCAUUAUAAAACAAUAGAAACAAACACUCUAUCGUAGCAAAUAUAAUAUUAUAACGAAUUUUAAUACCUAUAAGUAAAAAUAUUAUUUUAUCUAUACACCGUUCCGACAACGCAUAAUAAUAUUAUUUUCGUGUGAUUAAGAAUUUCAGCAGGCGUAAGGACAGCGAAUAUUAUUACCGCGUAUGUUACAACAUGGUUAGAAACUCCAGUCUAUGACUCAUAUCACUAUAUAUAUAUAUAUAUAUUGAGAAGGACUGGUCAUUUUUGUAAACCGAACAUAAAUAAUGUAGUGACUAGACACACCUGAUGAUAAAUCCGUGUAAAUUAUGAUACUGUAAAUCAUCGAACCGGCGAUACUGAUGAAAAUCGUAUGUCUUCGAAUAAUCGAAUUAUGUAUAGUAGUAUCUAUAUAGUACCAUCAAAUAUUUUAUACAAUAAAUUCAAUGACAAAUGGAUAUAAGUUUUGCCUUGUUGUAAUAAUACAAUUUUAUCACAAUAUAUUGUAUUCAAAAGUAAAAUAUUAUUGUUAUCGUAAUAUACCUGAGUCACCUGUGUUCGUAUAGGAGUGAUUCAUUAAACAAUAUUAGGUUAUUAGGUAUUUGAAUUUUAGUAGUAAGGUAAACUAUAACGAGCAGAAUUUCGAUUAGUAUUGGUAUCUGCUUUAACAUCAGGCUGUACACAUAAGCACAAUUAAAGGGUGUGUUCGGGUGUACUAAGUAUAGUCAGUUUUAAAGGUAGCAAUCUCAAUUUUUGUUUGUGUUUAUAUAUAUAUAGAAAAUGUAGUAUUCUGAAUGUCAACUCAAUAUUAGUUUCUUCCUAUCCGUUUUUUGAAUAUGUUUAUAGAAUCUAUAAGUUAUUUCGUAUAAAUAUUGCUAUAUAUAAAUGCCAACAUAAUUUGUCUAUUUAUUUAUAGAUGUUAUUAAUUAUCGGUUUUAGCUGCAUAAUGUGAUAUACUGAUGAUGUCAGUAUAGUUAUUAAGCUGUUUUGAUUUUUAACUUUUUUUUAAAAAUUAAAGGCGGAUUCCCAAGCUAUUCUGUAUGCGUGUACGCGUAUGUGUGGAUCGCGUUGUGAUUGGUUGUAGUAUUCCGGUACAUCAUACUGUUACUAGGAUACCGCAGAGUUGAACUCAAGUCAACUUUUCGACUUUUUGACUUAUUACUAUUUACUAUUGGUUACUAAUGUUUACUGAUAAUCAUAUUAUUAUAUUAUAAAUAUUGUGAUAAUCUACGUAGAUCAUAAACGGUGGGUGGAACAUCGUUUUAAUAUGCACGUAUACGGGAUAGCUGGGAAUCCUUCUUAAGAAUGGAAAUUGCUUCCUUGUGGUCUCAAACUUACCCCCCUCCCCCCCCCCCAAAAAAAAAAUAAUAAAAAUAAUAAUCGACCAGUUGUCAAAAAUGUUGUAUUUCACUUAAGCAUCGUGGUUUAUUCAAAGUAUUAAUAUGAAAAUGUAGCUUCCCACGUAGUUCGAUUUUUGUCUCAUUCGUCACUAAACUGUCAAUUUGCGUUUGUCUUGACUUCGUUCUCCUCGGUUUAUAAUUUUUAUUUUGUUUGUUCAUACUCCUACAAUAUUUAAUUUUUUGCAUAAUAUUUAUAAGUAAUACAAUUUUAAAACGACUUUUGUAAUGAAAUAUUGCGAAAAAAUUGGUUUUGAUAAAGUCAGAUUUCUAUAUUAAAUGAAUAAUGUCAAUUAUGUAUAUAGGUAGUAUAGUAUAAGUACUUUAUUUAAUAAUUUGUUAACUUAAAAAUAUAUGAUCAAAUGCAUUUUCGAAGUCAUGACAUCUAAUGUUAAUUAAUAAUAUUUUUAACAGUUUGUAGCAUGGGUUGACAAUAUGCAGUGUUGGUAAUUCAACCAGUUUUUUGGUCUUUUAGUCUCUUUCUGAUAGCCCGAUGUAUAAAAAUCGCCGGUUAGCCUUUAACCCAACCUAAUUAGUCCACCCUUAAUAUUUUAAUUUUUUUAAAAUUAUAAAGAGUAUAUAUUUGUUAAUUUAAAAAGUAUAAAAUUGCACUUAUUCACCGAUGUGUAUACUCUUACGUUUCCUAAUAUGAAUACUUCACUAAUAAUAUGAUUAUUAUCACAAUCAUCUUAACUUGUCAGCCCAAAAGUGUAUCAAAACAAUGUUCUAUUUCAAAAUAUCUUUGUAAAUAUGUUUAAACUAUUAAUUACUUAAAUAAUAAUAAUAAUAAUAAAAAAAUUAAUAUGAUCUUGUAUAUCGCCUAUUAAUUUUAAUUAUAUAUAUAAGCGAUGGCCGACAAAUAUCUAUAUUAAAAAGAAAUAUCAUUUUGUUGGCUGACGCCCAUAAAAUAUGAUCUAAACACAAAAAUAAACAACUCAUAAGUUCAAACAAAUUGUAUUAAAAAAUAUAUACAUAUAUAAAGUUUAUUUCAUUAAAACCAUUAUUAAUUGAGUUUUCACAGUAAUAUUAUAAUAACUAAAGUUAAAUCUGAAGCAGAUAGUUUUUAAAUAAUAAUUUAAUCUAUCAAUUUUUGACAAAUUAAACUGUUCAAAACAGUAAGUUUAUACUGUAUAAUAUACGGUAUAACUAUCUUAAAUGAUUAUCAACCGCCGUCGUAAUUUUUUACGAUAUAAUACGAUGCAGUAAAAAUUAAUUUCAAAUGAACUCGAUCACUGUUGUUUUUGAAAUAAAAAAAAAAACACUUAUAUUUGAAAACUUCAUGUAAAUGGACGUCAAAUUUUAAACUGAAACGCAUAUAGCACAAUGGGUACAAUAUUGUACCAGGUAAUAACAUUUUUUUAUUACGCUUUUAUUCCAUAAUUAAAGUACAUUACUAAAUCAAUUUUUCGCUUAUAGGCUGUCGAACAAAAUAGACAAUAUGCUACAAUUUGGUUAUCACCGUUUACCGAUUAUGUCUAUCUAGAUAUUUGAUAGCUGUUUUAGCUUAUAAUAUUUAUAACGCAGAAUUCUUAUUUUAAAAAAUACAUAAUGUAUAAUUAUAAUAUAGGUUAAGUAAUUAAUAUGUACCCUUAUAAUUACCUUUAACUUGCCUUUAAAAUUAUAAAUGAAAUUUUAAAUCUGUAACUUAUUUACAACUAUAACGGUUAUUAGAAGUGAAGGUAUAGUAGGUGUAAUAUAAUAAGGGGUUAAGAGGUAUAGACUCUUGUGAGUGUGAGUUUGUAAAGUAGGCAGUUUUUUUCGGAGGGCUUCAGCACUCCCAGAUUUUUAUCAAAAUCUCGCGCCCCUGGGUGUAGAUACAUAUGUUUAACGGAUCGUCCAAAUAUUAUAAUAUUAUGGUGCGUCUAUAAAUAGUAAAACAUUUUUUAUGUCGUUUCCGUUGUUAAUAUAAUAUAUUCACAUACUUUUUACAUCGGUGUCUGUUAUCUGUAUAUAUAAUAUAUAUACGAAUAACACAUAUGCAUACCAUCAAGUCAUGUUAUAAACAUUAUUUUAAACUUUAAUGUAAUGUUUUAGUUAUUUAUUUUAAAAAUUAUUAUAAUACAAAAGUACGUAUUAAAAUAUGCCUACACACGAAUGUUUAAAAUGAUUAUAUUCAUAAUAACAACAGACUCGAAUAAAUUAGGUAUAUUAAUUAUACGCAACCUAAAUGGGUAAUAGACAUUUUAAAUGGUACCCACUGCAAAUAAUCGUGAUUUUUGAACUUUGUUUAAUACCCAACGACAAUUUUCCAAAUUUAAAUCUACUGUAAAUUAAUAUUUGUAUACAUGUUGAAUUGCUAUUUAUAUUACAAAUAUUAUUCAAAAUCAUUUUUUAUUCUAGAUUAAAAUAAAAAACUAUAUUAUGGACUUAUAUAUAAAACGUUCGAAGAACUAGCAGUCGAUAUGAUACAUAUCAUUUACCUAAAGGGGACUUUGAAUUAUAUGUUAUAUACUCGUGUGAUUAAAUUUAGUUUGGGUGUCUUGUGUAAUUUUUCACACGCCAUUCAUACCGCGGCAGGUAGCGUUCCUAUCCCGUGUCCCGAAGACACUGAGAUAAUGGUUCUUUUUGUUGUUGGUGAGCCCCCCUCUUAUGGGAAUAUGAACAGAUGCAUUACCACGUUUGAGAUACAUGUAAUGGGGUCCAAAUCGAAAAAAAAGACACUUUUCCCGUAAUUUCACACAGUUUUUUCCGAAUCAGUGUCACACUAUCCAUUGCAUGUGAAAUAACAAUAAUAACAAAUUUAUAUUUAUAUACAUCAAUUAAUAUUUUACCGCAUGCAAUACCAUCAAAUGUGUUUCCUACUAUAAACAAUUGAAUGGGUCAAUGGAUAAAAGGAUAAAAUGUUAACUGACAUUUUUUUUUUUUUAAUUUGAUAUUAGAUCAAAAUCGACUUGAUUAUGUCUAUCACCCGUGUACUCUAUUACAGACGCAUACGAAAUCUUAGAACAAAAGAAACAUAAAUCUAUAAAGAUAUUCAAUUGAUGAAUGAAUUAUAUUUUAUUAUUUUUAUAAUUUUUGUUUAUCCAUAAACAAAAAGGGGAGGUUAUAAAAAAUGUUAACACCAAUUACUAUUUGUCAUCCAUUUCUGUGGACAAAGUUGUAUUGUAGUAAUAUUUUCGUUUAAAUUAUACUGAACAAUUUUAAAAAUGUUAGUAAAACCUUUAUAAAUUUGUCUCGUCAUGGUACUAGUUAUUAUCAUCAUGAUAUUUCAUUAAAAUCGAAUACAUUUUUAUGCAAAAUAGUAAACGUAUACAUUUCAAAUUACAUCGCACUCAAUAUUAUUUAUGUAUACGAUAUAUUAUUAUAAUAUGCGUCUAAUAACCCUUAUAUGUAUAGAAAACACAAGGUACCUACCUAAUUUUUUUUUUUUAACAUUGAACUCAGAACGGGUAUGCGAGUAUGAUUCUGUUUUACCGGGUAUAAAGUCGAUUUGUUUAUACAAAGACUACCAUAUAUUAUUAUAAUAGUAAUGGUGAAAAAAAAAAUCUACAUAGACCUAAAUUAAAUACACUGCAUGCCAACCAGAUGUUCGGUUUUCGUUACAAAAACCAUUCGACCGAGCUAUUUGGAUCAGCAGUCAUCGUAAUUUAUAUUUUCGUAAAUAUUAUCGAUUGAAUUUUCGUAAGAGGAAGUCGGUCUGGGAUUUGGACGUUAAUCUGUUUGAACGACGGCCAGCGAAAGCCGUAUAAGAGGAAAUUGCAUAUUGUGGCCGUCUAAUAUCAUAGCCUCGUGCGGCUGUGCCACGCGCACACGACACGUGUUUAAUACUUUAAUACUCUUCCGUUUGCCAACACACACAUAGAGAUAUCUCGUGGGAACUAUUUAAAGUUAAAAAAAAUAUAUCCCUUAACGUGAUAAUCGUGAAAUAAAAAGAGGUAAUUAAAAUUAUAGACAACAAAUGGCUAUAUUUUAUGAAGGUUGGAAAGCCAAAAAUGCGAAAAAUAAAAACUUGUAUCGUGAUAUUAUUUAAUAUUUUAUAUGUAUAAAACUUAUACGGCAUCUUCUAUUAAAUAUAUAUUAUUAUAAUAGAAUAGAACUGGUGAAAGUGCGUAUCGUUUAUAUUUUUUUACUGGCUGCUAGAAAUAAUAAUAAUUUAUUUUUUAUGUUGCACAGAUAAAACAUGCACAGACGUAUAAAUAAUAAUUAUAAUGCGUUUAAAUAUUUAUAGUGUCACCGUCGUAGCAAUCUUAUCUAUAGUAAUAAAACCUAUAUUAUUAUGAUAGCGUGUGCGUGCAAUGUGUGUCUUAUAGUUAUAAGAACUCACAUCUGAAUAAAAACAUAUUUAUUUCUCUCUUGAGUCCAUUUAAAUAUUUUACAGUCUCUGUCAAAGCGCAUAUGGUUUUAUAAAAAAGUUAUGACGAAUAAAGCAUACAUAAUAUUUUAUGUUUCAUGUAAGAUAGAAAUUGCGGUUAUUGGUUUCCUACUAAAUCAUAUUAAUGUUAUCAUUAUUAUUAGUAUUUUUUCUUUCUAGAAAAAUUGUUCGAUUAUUCAAUUAGAGUAAUGGAGUGUAUAAUAACUUCUACCUAAUUAUUGUAUCGUGUUUUAAAACACUAAAAUCAAUAAUUUUAAUAUUUAACGAAAACAUGCGAAUAAUUAUUUCGUACGUAGCUAUGUAUAAUACUAUGAAGGUUCAAUAUUAACGAUUUGAUAACAAUUUCGAUGACAAUGUAUGGCAAAUCACAGAUUGUGUUUAUUAUCAUGAUAAGGGCAUCUUUGGUCCCUGUAGGAGUCAAUGUCGUAUAGUUUUCAAUGCAAGCAUAUUCAAUUUUGAAAAUGCGUACGACUUGUUUAUAAAUUAAUAUAAUACAUACACUAAUUUUUAAAAUACACACAUUUAUACCAUUUAAACUAAUAAAUAAAGUAGAACAAUUAAAUAAGUCUCUCGAACCAAAGAUACAGAGUUUUCAGAAUUUCAUGUAGUUACAAUAAAAUGUUCCGUAAAAUACUUAUUUUUUCAAAAAAUACCUUAUGGGCAUACUUUUGGAACCAUAUAUUCUAAUAUGUUACAAUAUUUUCAUAUUUUUACGGGUGAAAACUACCGUUUUUAAUUUUUUAAUUUUUCAAAUAGCAUCCCGUAUAAAUUCCAUAAAUACAUGAGGUUUUAGUUUAAAUACAUUUUGCUGUUGAUAUUUUUAAUUUUCAUUAACAAGAUAUUGCAUUUUUAAAUUUGGGUAGAGAGAGUAGUUGACUAACAUUUAUAUGGCGAUACAUCUCACAUCAUUUGAAUUUCGUUACGCUAAUCUCCCCCAAUCCAAUUUUAAAAGUGCUAUAUCUCGUCAACAAGUCGACGAAAAUUAAAACUACAUUUGAUAUAUUCAAUAUAUUUGAUAACUUCAUCUAUUUAUAGUAUUUUCACUAUACAUUGCUAUUUGAAAAUCAAAAAUGGUUAGUGAUUUCAUUCCCAAAAAUAAAGGUAAAGUAAUAUUUUAGAAUAUCUCUAUGAUCCUAAAAAUUGUUUACGUACCUAUCUCAUUUUUUGAAAAAUAAGUGUUUUAUGUAAAAUUUGACUGUAAAAUGAAAUUCUGAAAACUCUGUUUUAUAAAAUUAAUGUUCUGUGCUAAUGAUGUUAUGCAACUACUACUACUACUACUACUAUUCCUAUAAGCAAUACAGGUCAUGGUGACCUUUGGCUUCUAAAACGAAGUCAUGAUGGACAACUUAAUUUCGACACGAAUCACGAAUAUAUUAUAAUAAUCAUUUAGGGAGUUUGUCAAAACUCAAUAGCAGAAUAAAUUAAAUAGGCACCUGGUAUCUUUUUUUUCAUAGUCACAAUUUGAAUGGUACUUUAUAUUUCAAAAUGUCAGUUAUGCAUGAUUUUAUUAUAUUAUAAUAUAUUAGUAGUACUUAAACACAUUCCGUACAGCAAUUAAUUGCUUGUAUUUACGUCAAAAUAAGUGCAGUUUACACGGCCAAAAAAAAAAAAAAAUCGCAUUACAACUUUCGGGUAAAACAAUAAAAUAUGAGCAGUAUCUAUAAAAUUACCGUCUACUGAUGGCUGUAGUGGCACUUGUCAUGUUAAGUAUACACCUACUAUAUACGCAUAAUAUAGUGUACAUCAUUUUUUUUAUUCCCUAGUAUUCGAGCACGUGUAUCACUCGAAAAACAUGAAUACAAUGUGAGUUUCCGGACGGCGCAGGACGGGGGUGAAUUUAAGGGGUACGAGUGUUGCCGAGACACAAUAUGGCCAUCGUUCGAGAAAACUGGAAUGAUAGCAGCACAAAACAUGAUAUGUAUAAUACGCGUGCACGUCAUAUCCAUAUGGUCCUAGUAAUCGGUUAUGCAUUUAUUACUAUUCAAAAAAAAAAAAAAUGUAUUAUUACAGGAGAAUGAGAGGGAGUAGUUUAAAAUAGUGCAUAAUAUGGUUUUAAUAAUAAGCAAUGCUUGAAUUUAAAAAAUAGAAAACGAAAAUGUUUAUAAAAUAAGUACAUACUUACCUAUACGUUCUCCUAAUUCAAACACUGUGUAUAGGUCGAAUUAGGUAUAGAUAGGAGAGUAUAUGUGGAGUCGGAAGCAUGGAUUAUAAGAGGGAGGGGGUUGUACUGAUUAUCAAUUAUUUGGAAUACGAGUGAAUUGAGAGUUUAAAAAAGAAAUAAACUCAUGUAAUCAUGUACUGAUUUUUAAAUGAGCCGAUUAAAUGAGCCGAUUAAAAAACUCCUAACCAACCUACCCUUUAUUUACACCUCUGUGUUCAGGUGAAACAAUGGCAUCGGACGUCCGGAGAUAUAUAGUGGAUGAGAAUAAGAAUAACUAACGCUGGUAGAGUUAGUUUAAGCUAUAUAUUAAUUAUUAAUUUUCAAUUGCAUAAUGUUUUGAUUACUCAGCUUCAUUUAUUUUGAACAAUAAAUAUGGUAUUUAUAAGUUUAUGGCCGGUAAUUCGAUCUAUAUUAUAGUCGUCUCGCUAUAAAUCACUUAUUGUGGUUUUAUCAUCAACCACAAUGAGUAGUAGGAGUAGCAGGACAACUACAAAUACGUAUCAUCUAUAUAAGUAUUCGGUUUCCUCCUCAAAUAUUCAGUUACUCCGUACACAUUUUCAACGGAUAUCCGUCCAUGUCACUGGGACACUUCUACAAGAUUGUAUCAUUCAUUAGAAGAAACGGACGUUUCGUCUAGACAAUUUUUUUUUCAACGGUACAUUCACGUACAGUAAUUUGUUAUCCAUAUCGUUCGGAUCAUUAUUAUUUCAAACGUAUUAUAUUACCCUAAUUCGGGUUGGAAUAUUUUCAUGUUUUUGUUUUUAUUAUAUGUAUGUAUGUGUUUGUUUUCACGGCGUUUGGUCAUAGCGACUCAUAACAGCAACGGCCUUCCUGGGUCUAUAUAGACGACAGGCGGCGCGCGCAGUGGUAACGCACGGAAAUAUUCGCGCUCGACCGAGCGUGAACGCGGAAGCGUCCGCCCAAAGGGUUUAUCCCACGGUCAUCGUUUCGCACUGAUCUCCUCUGUGCUGUGGCGGUAACCUGAUUAAAAAAAGUAACCGUGACGCUGACGGUCAACGCACUUGUGAUGCGCGUAGACCGACGGGGUGUGUACCGUAACGCGUAUACCGCAGAUAGUGCCGGGGUCGCGUAUUGUCGAAACGUACCUACGAUAAUGAUGUUAUAUGUAUGUUAUUAUAUACAGAACGGUUGUUUUUUAUUGGCUACCAAUCAACGACACAGGGUAUCCGAACCGGAUUCGGGUUUUCAGGGUGUCCUGAGAAGAUAUACCCAUUGUAAUAUCUCCAGAGAUAUUAAAGAUAAUCAUAUUCUGGUUUUUUUUUUUUUUUUACAUAUUACUUACGAGGAUACAGGCAAUAAAUUUAAACUUUAAUAAGUAUUUUAUAUUAUGGUUGAGAAACUAAAAGAGUAACUUUAUUUUAUUAUUUACGAGAAAGUUAAAUAUGGUAUGGCCAUUUUAUAGAAUUUAUAUUAUCAUUAUUCUGAAAAUGUUGACUUAUUAACUUUUAUUUUCAUUAAGUUUAUGAUGUUUAAUAAUUUUUUAAAGUUCAAAGAAAAAAAAUUUAACUGUCAAUUAGCGAAGGCGAUUACAGUCUACUAAAUAAUUGUAUAUACUUUUCUAAAAAAUUAUUAAAAAUCACGAAUUUAAUCAAAAUAAAAACAGAAUUUGAUUAUUUUUAUUAUCUUAGGAGAUAUUUCAAUGGGUAUAUUAUCUUCGUUGGACACUGUAUAAUGCGAAUUACGGUCAGAUGAAUUUUUUUGGGCUCAUGUCGAUUGAAAAACGUUAGUUACAAUAUAAUACGAGACGUUUAUAAGUUUGAACAAUAAUGUUCCAUUGUAGCAUAUUAUACGAAAUAACCGAACCUAAAAGGCGUUAAGUUUUGAAAAGAAAAAAUAGUAAUCGGUUUUCUUCGUACAAAAAUAUACCUUCCUUCGGUACACUGUAAUAGUCACGACUCGCGUGAAACGUGAUUUGUACACGUUUUGAUAGUAAGAUUGAACUCUACUGUAAUACGGUGUACGAAAUAUUAUAAUAUAGCUAUAAGGUAUACCUUCCUUAAAAUCACGUUUUACGAGAAAGCCGUGAAAGCGCUCGUUUAAUCCUCGAUAUUACCUUAUAGCCGUAUACCAUAGUUAUAGGUUACUUAUUUACAUGGGCGCCCACAGGAAAUUUAUCAGGGAGAAGCAGUGUCUUUGUAAAGUUUCGAAUGACCUUUUUUUUACUUAUAACCCUAAACAAAAUUAUAUAAUUAUCUAAUUAUUAAAAUUAUAUUUUUAAGUCCGGGAGGACGUUGCCUCGUCUUGUCCCCCCUCCAGGUGCCCAUGUUUACCCGGACUAUGACUAUUAUCAUUAACCUGUGAAUAAAUAAUAUAAUAAUUUUGCGUUUAAAACAAUUCAAACUAAUUGUUUUUAUAGGUGAUGUGAUUAAAAUCAUAACUUUACUUGGUUAUGGAAUUUCGAAAAAUAAAGUACGUUACAAGCAGUGGCGUGUCCAGGAAUUUUCAAUGGGAGGGGAUGUAACAAAUAAAAAUCAUGAAUAAAGAGUAAAAUCGUUUGCUCUACCCAACUCGACUAUAGGAAUUGGUAAUCUAAAAGUCGAAUCCUAUAAAUAAAACCAAUUUCUAAACAAUACAUCAAGCUUUUCCUCAGUAAUCGGCUGAAAUUUAUGAAUUUCGAUAUUAGAUUAAUCAUAUUUUGUUGUACUUUUAAGCCAAUAGGGGUUGUAUAACCUCAUCUUAUAAUCUAAUAUAAUGUAUCGUUUGAGGUACUGCAGUGGCAUACCUAAUAUCUUUCAAUGAGGGGUGGGCUAAAUUAAAAAAAAAGCUAAUACUGGGGAUGAGGGGUUGGGAAGGUAGGAUACAUAAAGUUAUUUCAUUUAUAUCUGUAAGCAACGAGAAACUAUUGUUUGACGAAAGACAACUCCGAACGCAGUUCGGUAAUACAUAAUUUGAAUAUUGUUGUAAUUUUUUUUUUUGCGAUUUUUUUUAAUCGCAAAUUUAAAUUUGAUUUCAAAAUGUUUAUUAAAAAUAAAAAGUCGUCCAAUGAUUUUAAAAAUUUUACCAUGUCUAAGUAAGUCCAAUAUAAGUAUUGUUACCAAGUUUUAAGUCUCUACGUGUAAAUAGACGAAUAACCAAAUUACAACAAAAACUCCCAAAAAUUAAAAUUCCUUAAAAGCUCAAAAGUGGCUCGAAAGUUUUGGCGAUGAUAUCGUAAGAAAUUAAAUCAAAAAGAAAACAAAAAAGGUAUCUUGUGAUUUUUCGAUUAAAUUAUUUUUUUCUGCUAGAAAACGUCGUCCGUGUUUUUAUUUAAAAAAUGGCGUCGAAAAUCGAAAAAUGAGAAAGUUUACUAGGAUAACACAUGUCCACAUCAGACUAGAACAAAGAAAAAGAAGAAAAAAAAAUAAACAGCAUUGUAAAACCAAUAACCCCUCGCUACGUUCGGAAUCUAAAAACUUGACCAGACGUUUUGAAAAAUACAUAAUUAUGUAAUACAAUUAUUUGUACUUGAUUGAUAAGUAGUGCAAAUGUACAUUGAUUAUUAUUUUAUUGGUAAUUUAUCACUGAAUUGGAGGGCUAUAAAAGUCUAGAACUCUAUAAUCUGGGAACGUAAGAAUCCGGAAUUUAAUAUUCCAGAAAAAUAUCAAUGGUUUUUAGAAAAACGUUAUUUCAAAAUCGUCAAAACUUGUGCGAGUAUAACGCAAAAGAAGAUUUUUUCUAUUGAUUUAUUGUUUAUAAAAAUAAUCUAUAUUUACAAAUAGAUAGUUUAUCUCAAAGUAAAAAUAAAAAAAAAUUUACAUUCGAAAUUAUAAACUUUUAUCUGUCGGGUUUUUUUUAUCAUUUCAUAUUAAAUAUAAUAUUAUAUUAUCCAUCAUUCCAUCGUUUUUAUCGAUGGUUUAAACUUCGUGCAACACCUCGUCCAUUGGAUUAUUUCCCUGGAAAUUUUCUUCUCGACAUCUCGUCGUGUUUAAUUUUUAAUCGACGAAUUUAUUUUCAUUUCCAAGACCGUUUUAUUUAUACCGUUUAGUAUUUACCACAUCGUAUAAAAAUAUAAUACAUAGGUAUGCAGUAUUGCAGUGUAUAUUACAUGAUGACGGUUUGAGUAUAAUAAUAAUUGUUUUAUGAUUUAAUUUCACUUUUGAGAAUAUAUUGGAUUGUCGUGUCGAUGAUAAACAGUCCCGUUAUGACAUUGAAAAAAGACACAAUAUCAUCAUAAAUAUGUUUAUUUUUCUAUUUUUUUUAACUAGGUAGGUAUAAUAUAAUAUAAUAUCUGGACACGAAAAAUCAACCAAAAAAAUUUGGCUCUUGACGUCUCUCACUGUCACAUUUGCCAUACGCGAUUUAAUUAUUAACACAGUAUGGAAUAAUUUUUAUGUAACAUUAAUAAUCACUUUCUAAAUUAGACUUUUAAUUACUCCCAUAUAGGUACACAAUAAUUAUUAUAGACAUUCGGGUUUAGAUAUAAUAUUUUUAUUUAUUAAAAUUAUUAACAACUAUUUUAAACAAAUACCUACUUAAUAUACCUUUGAUUAAUUUCUAAAUCUAUAUAGGUAGGGUUGUAAAACAAAAUACAUUUGCAUUUUUUGUUAUCGUAUAAAAAAUGUUUGUUAGAAAAAGUUUUUUUUUACAAAAUUGUAUAUCAAUGUACUAUAAUAUACAAAACUAUAAAGCUUUAUGUUGUGGAAUAAUGAGUCCGACUAAAUUAUUAUGGUCAUAUGUAUAAAACUAGUCGGAGUCUUUAUAAAGAUAGUAACCCACAUUGAAAGCCAUCUAUCGCAUUACGAAAUAAUAAUAGACAACGCACAACAGUUAGAAAUAAUUCUUUCCUCCAACCUGUACUAGCUUUAUUUUGUAAAUACUCGUAUUUUAUUUUUGUAAACAAUAAUUACUCUUGUGUUUUGACUGUAUAAGUAUUAUGUACAUAAUGUAGUAGACAGUUACAUUAUAAUUUAAAAACAAAAUAUUGCUGAUAUAGCUAGAAAAAAUUAAGUAGGUAUUAUUAUUGUUUGUAAUUUUAGAAAAAAAAAAAAUAUCAAUUGCACAAAGAUUUAAUUUACAGUCUUCUACUUCGUGCCUUCAUUCCAGCUAUUUGGAAUUGGUCACGCUCAUUCCAAACUUCCACUUGACUCGACCUCCUACCUCGCAUGCACUCGCUGUCCUCACAUCAUUCUCAAUAGAUUUCAAUUAAAUUGAGAAUAUUACUUAUAAUAAUAAUUCAAAAUAAGUUUGGUAUAUUGUAAGAAACAAUUAAACAGGUCCAUUUGUUCAUCAAUAUAUUGUUACCUAGUUAAGAAAAACAAACAUUUAUACAUUGGGUUUGCCAUUGAUUUUAUAAUAUACUUUAUUAAGAUUAAGUAUAGGUACACUAUAAAAUAAAUGGUGUGCUACCAGAAUUUUUCUACUAAAAGUGGUAUCAGAUUUUAUUUAGUGGAUGCAGUGGAAAAAAAUUCAUUAUUUUCCUUGUAGUUUCCUCAAUAAUGUGGGAAACUGUUGAAAAGUACAUUUCAUUUUACUACAUUUUGGUUAUUUUAUACUUGCCCUUCCUAGACGUGAUCAAAUUUUGAAAACUAUCUGGUGAUUUUUGAUGUAUAACUUUUAUCAAAGCUUUUACUUAAAGCAAUUUGAAAUUUUUUUUUAAUUUUUAUUUAGUUUAUGUGGAUAAAAUUGUUUUAGCCCUGCAAAAAUGCUCGAAAAUUAUUCGACGUUUCAUCAUAGGUUUUUCCAAGAAAACUAUACAAAUGUUGAAAAUCCGAAAUCACGAUAUUUGUAUGAGUGUUGAAAGUUUUAAUUUGUAUACAAAUCGUGACAUUAAUAAAUAUGUUUAACCAAACUUCGCUCAGAUUUGUUUUUGGUUAUCAAUGAUUAAUCAUUUCGUUUAGAUAGAAAUUUAAUUACUCUUCCAUAUUGUAUUAUACCUUUCCAACAUUUUUAUUAAAAUGUGUUAAAAAAAAAAACUGGUACACGAUAAAGAUCACCAGAUGGGUUGACCUAUAAUUGAACUCAAGCACAGACCAAAAGUUGUUAUCAAAUUUUGAUAAUAACUAUUAUUAAAUAUUAAUAUUCUUCAAAAUAGAAAAGUUUGACAAAAGUUUAAAAUUCAGUAAAGCAGUAUUGAGUGUUAAAAAUAAGAUUUUUGUAUACUUAAAUUAUGGUUCUUAUAAAGACAAAUAUUAUCAGUUAAAUGUAGUUUAAAUUAUUAUAUACACAAGUUAUUUCAUUUAUUUGCAUACAAUUUAUAAAUAUUAUGAAUAUUAAUAAAAAACAUCCAUGUUUUUUUUUAGAUGAUUUGAAUGUGUAUAUCAGGUAGGUAUUAUACUAUAUAAAUAUGAUCCUAUGAUAAAUUGAUGGUUGCAGCCUGUACAUUAUAUUUUUUAAUAAUGUGAGGAGAAGCUUAUAGCCUAAAAUAUACACAAUAUUUUUUUUUUUAAAUUUGACACCUAAUAGUAAUAAUAGUAAUAAUAAUAAUGAUUAACAUUAUAUUUUAUAAUUUUAAAAUCAAAUGUUAAUUAUUCAUUAGGGAGUAAGAAAUAAGAUAUGGUACAAAUAAUUAAAUAUUUUAUAGGCUUAAUUUUAAAGAUAGAAUAUUUAAUUAUUACCAAUAUAGUUAAUUACCUAUCUACUUUUUGUGCAUAAGUAGGUAGGUACUUGAUUUUCUUUUAACAAAACUGAGUAUUAUAAUUAUCAGUUAAUUUGAGUAGUUUUAAUUGUAACUAUGUAACGUAGGUAUUAAAUUCUAGUUUAUGCGUGUGUAGGUAAUACAUUUAUCUAACCACUAGAACCAAAUUGUGACUAUUUUAUAUCAUACUAUUUAGUUUUAUAAAGCAGUUUCAAUAAACAUUUAUAGAUUGUUAUAAUAAACUUAUAUUCAUUAUAUUUAAACUGCUGUAAAUAUUGACACUAAAUUAUGUUUUCCUUUUAAAUAUUAUUUUAGAGUGGACGGUCUCCAUCAAAAAUGGACCGAUUACGGAGAAGUUUUCGAGAUAGUUUCAGACGCCGUAAAGAUUUAGGAAAUCACACAGGAUCACCAAGUCAUCAUUCUACUCCAAAACCACAUUUGUGGGCCAUGGACGAGGCUGAAGUUAGGGCCGGAAUUUGUUCCUUUCAUGUUAAAGUAAAUAUUUUUAUCAAAGCAUAUUAUAAAUUAUAAAUUUAAAUAUAAACUUAAAAUUUUGAUAAUUUGUCAUUUAACUACUUUUACUAAUAUUUGUUGACUUAAUUAAAACAAAAUUUAGCAAAUUUUAAUAUAUUAUAAUAUCUUUUUUAUUAGAUGUUAUAUUAAUAUUAGUACUUACCACAUUAAAUUUAUAUUACCCCAUCCAAAUGUUAGACAUUUGUAAAAACAGUGAAAAAAAUUAAUAAAAACCUAUGAAAAUAUAUUAUAAUACUGUGAUGCUUGAAUUACUAAAUUUAAAAAUAAAUAUGUAUUUUGACCAUGAGUCUAAAACAAUAUUAUAUUAUUAUCCUUAAUUUAUUAUGAACAUGUAAGAAUUCAAAUGAAAAUAAUAUUUACUCAAAUUAUAUUAUAUAGUUUGAUAUUUAAAGUAUACUUAGUUCCUUAUGCUUAAAGUGCAUAUUUAAAAAUGUAACAUAUGAGAAACCAAGAUGGUCUAAAUUUCAAUUAAUAUAAGAAUAUUUAAUGGACAAUACAAAGUAUUGUUAAAUUAAAUUAAUUUAAUAAUAGUUUUAAGGAAUAUUAUCUUGGUUUUUACAGUAUUUGGGCUGUGUUGAAGUAUUUGAAUCGAGAGGAAUGGAAGUAUGUGAAGAAGCAUUAAAAACACUUAGGGUAAAUGGUAUAUUCAUGUGCUAUUAUCAAAAAAUAUUCAACAUUGUUUUUUUUUUUAAUUUUCAGGGGUCACGACGCAGACCAGUUAGAGCUAUAUUUUAUAUAUCUGGAGAUGGAUUACGUGUUGUUGAAGAAGAAACCAAAGUAAAUAAUCAAAAAUAUAUUUAUGUAUAGUGUAUAUUUUUAUUAUAAAAUUUUUAUUUGUUAGGGAUUAAUAGUUGACCAAACUAUUGAAAAAGUUUCUUUUUGUGCACCGGACCGAAGUCACGAAAAAGGUUUCUCAUAUAUUUGCCGAGAUGGUCUUACUCGUCGGUGGAUGUGUCAUGGCUUUGUCGCUCUUAAAGAAUCGGUAAAUUUAAAAAUAAAAAAAUAAUUUUAAUUUAAACGUCUAAAUAGCUAUGCAUAACUAUGUAGGGUGACCGAUUAAGUCAUGCUGUUGGAUGUGCUUUUCAAGAAUGUCUGAUUAGAAAAAACAAACGAGAAGAAGAUUGCUCUGUCACAAUGAAUUAUGAUCCAAAAACAUCUGUUUUCACACGAACUGGCAGUUUUAGAACUCCAUCAUUAACCGAACAACAAUCUGAACCUAAUAUUCCUCUUAAUGCGCCUCCACAACCUCCUCCUUUUCUUCAAUCGUAUAAUAAAGGUAUAUUUUCUAUUAACUAUUUAACAAAUAUUAUAAAAUCAUUGUAAUUUGAAAAAUGAAUAAUGAUUUGUUUGAUUGGUAUCAUUUUAUUUAAAAAAAAUUGAUGUAUUUAUUCUAGAUAUACCAACAUCAAUAAAACAACUACAACAAAAUCCUACAACACCCAAAGUCAGCACAAAAGCAAUUGAAAGACCACAUGCAACAUUAUCUAUGUUACAACGCCAAGGAUCAUUCCGUGGAUUCUCACAACUCAAUCAAGCUUCUCCAUUUAAAAGGCAGUUAUCAUUAAGAAUAUCUGAACUACCAUCUAAUUUGGAAAGAACAAGAUCGAUGAGUUUACAACCAACAGGACAUCAACGCACGUCUAAUAAACUUUUACAAAUGAAUACUCCGGGUGAGUUGAAUUUAAAAUGAUAUUCCUGAAAUAAAAAAAUAAUAAUUAUUUUAUUCAUUUUAGUAAGUCCUAUACCAGAAGCAUCGCCUCGAAGUGAAAAACCUAUGUCUACGACAGAUCAAGUUACAGCUAUGUGUCAACAAAUGUCAUUAGAAUUAGCAUUCCUUACAAAUAGUACAUCCAAUGAAGAUUUUCCAGAUAAAUUCAAAUCAAGUGAUUUAAGAAGUAUAGGUAAAUAAUUUUGAUGUUUUAUUUUAAUAAAUGUACUAAAAAUGUAAUGUCAAUUUUUUUUUUAGAAAAUACUCCAAAACAAGGUCCAAUUACUGGUAGUGAAGCAUUUCUUGCUAGUAUAACUAAAAAAGCAACAUUAGAAACCCAAAGUAACCCUACAACUCCUAAACCUGAGUGUCGUAUCAGUCCACAACAAGAUGAAGGUUUUGAUUCAGGUUCUAGUUUAUGGAAUCUAAACAAUAAAGCAGUAACACCACCAACUCCUCCUGCCACUCCACCAACAUCACUUCCAAGGCCAGAUCAGUGGUUAGGUAAAGUGGCAGCAGUUACAUUACAAUCGACAGAUGCCCUAAUUACACCUAAAAGAAAUCCACAUUUAGCAGCGCAUAGUCGUGCUUAUUCUUUAGACACAGCUGAAGAUGUUUAUCGUACAAAAUUGAACAGUAUUUCGGCUAAUCCAUUUGAUCCUAACUAUAUUGCCCCAAAACAAAAUACUAAUCCGUUCUUAAGUAGUCCUAUAUCAAAUGGCCCAAGUAAAACUGUAAAAACUUUCGAGAUACAAAUGUGAUAAACUACUAAGUUUUUCUUAUCAAUUCUGUUAUGUUAAAAUAUUUUCAUGGACAUACGGAAAAAUACGAAUUGUAAUAUAUAAAGUUGAGAGGAAGUAUGCGAUAUUAGUUUGGUUUUCUGUAUGUACAUACAGAAUACAGAAUUAAUGGUCAUGAGUUAUAUUAACACAAUUUCAUAUUUAGAAAUAAAUUAGUUUAUUAUGUACUACUAUACAAAAUUUAAAAAUCAAAAUCUGACAUGUAGAUUCAAAAAUAUUUUUUUCGAAGACUAAAAAAUUUUAUUUAUAAAUUAAGCCAAAUAUUGCUAAGUGCAAUUGUUUAAUUUUAAAUAUUUUGUUUAAAUGAAGUAUACUUAUAAAAAAUUACAGUAUUUUCCUUUUAAGAAAAAUAUCCAUAAUUAUUAUUAAUGUUUUAAAAAUCAAUGCGAUACAAAUUAAUGUCCUUAACUAAACAUAAUCAUUAAUUUCAAAAAGUGCUUAAAUUAAAUUAUAUGUAUGUAACUUUAUUUAUUUUAACUCUGUGUUAUAGUUAUAAAUAUUAUAUUAAAAAUAUAAUUAAUUACUAUGCACUGCAAUUAAAACUAAAUUAAUACAAAUUAUUUAUUUGCAACCUAUACAUAUCAAUAUUUUUUUAACGGUAAAUUAGUAGAAUAAAAAAAAAAUAUAUAUAUUACAUUUUGUAUUAAUAAUAAAUGUACUGACAGCCAAGGGUACUUACGAAUUUGAACUAAUCACACACACAGAGCUAAUGGACAACAUUUAAUUCACACAUUAAUAGUUUCUAAAUUAUUAUUAUUACAAUUGUUUUAGAAACCUACACAAUAUAAAUUAUAGUGUUUAUUGUGUGAACCAUAACGUACAUAAACGCAUUAACUUACUAUUUUUUAUUAAAUAGGAUUAAUAAUUUUAAAUUUUUAUAUGAGUCCUAAACAUUUGCCAAUUUUUAACACAAGUAUUAUUUAAUCAUUAUUUUUAAACAUAAGAAUAACUUUAUAUGGCAUUUACUAAAGAUCAAAAUGUUGAUGUACUUAUUCUUCUAUACAUCUGUUAGAUUAAAAACAAUUCACCAUAUGCUCCACCAUUUUAGCAUUACUCAUUGGCACACAAUUCUGUAUAUUUGUCUUCUAUUAAAUUUAAUAUAAUAAUAACACUAUAUUAAAUCCUUAAGCAUUACAUAGUAAAAAUAUUUCUACUUUUAUUUUGCUUUCGGUUUUAAUCAUAUAGCUUCUGAAAGAAUAUUUACGUUAACCGCUUUCACAGUUUUGAAACAUUAUAGCUUAGAAGUAUAUUAUGAUUUAAAAUAAGACGCUUAUAGCUGCGUAUUGAAUAGGGAUUGCGUAUUCUGUGAUAUUCGUGUAUUCAAUAGACUGCAUUUUUUUUCUAUUGGUACACAAUAAUGUUUAUUAUUAUUAUUAUUAUUAUUAUUAUUAUUAUUAUUAUUAUCAUUAUUAUUACAAUAUUAUUAUUACUUUUAUUAUUAUUAUUAAGUAAAUUGUACACAAGUAUUUCUGAUACCAUAAUAAUAUAAUGCUAAUCAUAAUGCUCUCAUACAAAUAUGGGAAGUAAAAUAAUUUUACUUACAUGGAUUUUUAGUAUUUUAAAAUAAUAAUAAUAUAUUGUAAUAAUAGUAGUGCGAAUAUUAAUGAUAUUUACAUACACAUAUAUAUUUAUUCAUAUUAAACUUGUUAGUAUUUUAGUUUGUAUUAUAUUUUCUUAAAGUUAAAAAUUAUUAAAUAAAAAAAAGAAGAAAUAAUAUCAUAAUGUAAUAUUAUUAUAAUUAAAAACAUAAUAUGUAACACAUAGUGUUAGUUAUUAAAUAUAUAUAGAUGUCUUAGAUAUCAUAAUUUGUAAAAAUGGUUAUUGUUAUGUCCAACAGCAACAACUUAAAAUAUAUACUAUUAUAAAGUAUCUAACACUUGGCUAAAACUCAGUUUAACUAUAAUUGAUAGAUGAUAAAUGUUAUGAUUAUUAUUAUUAAUACAUACUAAUUAUACAUCACCUUGUAAUGUUACUGGUAUACGAUUAAUUUGUCUAUUGUUAUUAUUUAUGCAUGGGGAGGAUUGGUGUUUGUAUUCUAGGACAAAUGUAUUAAUAAUAAUAUUAUAAUAUAUAUAUAUAUAUAUAUUAACACAAAUGUACAAUUUAUACAAUAUAGGCAUAUAAUGUUAUUGAUAUUUUUGCUAGGGGAUAGUCUAUAAAUGAGAUAACUCAGACUUUUGGAUAUUAAACUAACAGUAUUGUUUCUAAAUGACAUAGUGUAAUUAAAAAUAAUUCUUGUUUUUCAACUGACAUUUAAUAUAAGUUAUAACUUAUUUAAAAAGAAAAUAUGUAAGACAUAUAGAUAAGAUAUAAUUAUGUUUUACAAUUAUUGUGAUUUUAGUGGCCUCAAAAAAAAAAAAAUAUACCUAAUGUUACAAUAUUUAUUAUUAUUAUUAAAUAUACGUAUAUAUAUUAUAUUAUUUAAACACUAUGCUAUUGGUUUUGUUAUAACCAAAACAAAAUAACUUACCUAUUACUCUACAUUGUACUUAAGAAAAAAUGAAACCUUUUGUAAAUUCUUAAUUUUUUGUUUUUAUUUUAUGGUAAAACAUAAUAAAUACAAGUUGUUAGUAUUAUUUUUAGAUGCCUAAGAACCUUUGUACUUAAUUAUUGUUGUCAUAUGAAUUAUAUAAAUAUAAAAAAGUAUUAAUUGUUUUUAUGUCAAGUGUAUUGAAGUGUUUAAUUAUUACCCUAAAAUUAGGGACAUAUAAAACUCAAAACUGGGACAUUUAAAUUCUGUUUCAAAUUAUAAUACUAAAAUUUAGGAGUCUAUUCUUCAAGUCAUUGAUUUUUCUUUAUUUCUAGUAGACAAAAAAAUAUAUUCU